CCCCAUAGUCGCCUUUGACUGGACUUAACCAUUCAGGGGUCCUUUACCUUUAUGCUCCAUGAUAUUUUUGAUCCUGUUCAGGUUGGCUUGCAGGAAAUGGUAAAACUGUCUUAUUCAGCUGUUUAAUUUUUUAUGAUGGAUCGAUCGAUCGAUAGAUAAACUUUCCUGGGCAAUUUGUUUGAAGAGUAGUGGCAGUAAUUUAUGUAAUAAACAAAUAAUAGGGCCAGCCCACAUUUGGAAAAAAUGAUCAAGCCAGGUGAAUUUGGUUUAGCCUGGGAUCUUACACGUACAAAGCCAGGGGCAGGUCCUUGAAACACAAUUAACUCACAAAGAAAACUGGGCUGGAAGUUGAUCCUCAUAUUUUUUUUAUUUUUUUUUAGUUGUAGACUGGGCCAGCCCACACAUGAGGCGAGGUGAGGCAACUGCCUCAGGCAGCAUGAUACACAGGGGCAGCAGAUCCUGAUGUGGAUCAUCAUUUGCCAGUUGUUCCAGACAUAUAUUUUCACUCACUCCUCCUUCCCUGGCAGGGAGGGAGGUGCCAUUUUGUGGUUCACCUCAGGUGCCAAAAUGUUUUGGGCUCGCCCUGGUCGUAGUAAUACAAGUUCUUGUUGCAGGUGGCCAGGACCAUUUUAGGAGAGACAUUCCCUCCAAUUUGAGAGAGAAAGGGGUCGUGGUGGCUGGUGCCCACCGGGGCUAAUAGGACGAGAAGAGGGACCGGUUGUUAAACCGCUCUGGGAAUUAGAGCUCUGUGGGGGGAAAGGGGGUCUCCAGACAAUGGCCGGCAGCUUUAAGAAACUACAGUUCCCAGGAUUCCGUGGGGAAGCCAUGACUAUUGAAAGUGGUAUGAUACCGCUUUAAAUGUAUUGUGCAAAUGGAGCAUGAGUAACAUAUGUUAACAUCAAGCAUCAAAAGAAAAAACUGUGUGUGUCCAAGCUCUUAAAUUUGCUGCAAUUAAAAAAAAAAAACUACCCAAAUUUUACAAUCAGGCAACACUACAGUGGCAACAAGCAAUGCAGAUAUUAUUUUGUUCAAAUCACAAAGCUGGGCAAAACUUCUUUCUUCCUCUUUCUUUUGCAAUCUGGCUAUCUCAACACCAUAAAGCAACAGGGAAAAUGACCCCAACCCUGAGGAUAUUUUUCUUCUUGAUGUUAACAAAUCCUAUAGAGGCUUCGAGUCAUCAGAACAUCAGUCAAGGUAAGAUGAAAUACUUUUGUGCGUCACAGAGAGAUUCUGUCUGUGAAGAAAUUUACGGCCUAUUAAAGUGGAAUCCAGUAAUACUGAGGAAAAUGAAGCAAGUUUCCUACUAAAAUAAGGGCAGUGCAAUCCUAUUCAUUAAGUAGAAAAACAAACAAAUAAAUGGUGGCAAUUCCACUGAACAGACUGAGGGUUGAACUGCCCUCAUUUAAAAGGCUGGAUAGUGUUUUAAGAGAUGUUCUUUUGAGCAGGAACAUUUAAAUGUGUAAAUUAUAUGUCUUUUUCACAGAGCUAAUUUUCAAAAAGAAUUAUUUCCUGCUAGCUAGAAGUUACUGGCACUGCCAGUAGAAACCCCAAAAUACUGUGUGUUUUUUAACAGUAUAAUUUGUGAGUUUGGACCCAUCAUGCCAAAAAUCAGGCAAAGUCACACCAAAGUCACAUUUUGGUCUGCCAUCGUCAGGGGUGCUGGUGGUUGCUCACGAGUAAACAUCCAGGACUCCGACCUGCUUUUUACAGGUUUUAUUUAGUGCAAACUAUGUACAGUGCAGAAACCCAAAGUUCAUGUCUGUCUCAGUCACUUGCAAAUUCCGGGAGUGGCUCCUUCCUGCCCCCCCCCCAGCAUAAGAACUUAGAUACCCCAAAUCUCCACCUCCUUUCUUUACGUUUGACCCCCUUGCAAAAAGUAGGUGAUGGAAGCGGCAUGUCUGUUUCCCAACCAGUCUGGCUGGGCGAGGUGCCAGGGCUCCACGGUAACCUCUGUGAACCUUUGCCUCACUUCGCCCCUCCUUUCUACCUCCGCUUCACCAGAGGCCUCGCUCUUUUCACUCCCUGAUGAAGUGUUACUGCUCAGCAACGGUGAAGGCUCCCUGUACGCUUCUGCCCCCCUCCCCCCUUUCGAUGGCAGUACCCUGGCAGCCAUCUUGAUUUAAAAUGGCGCCCGGCAUGCAAGCAACAAUGAAGACUGCCACCCCUGCCUUGUGAAUCCUCAUGCUGAGUUUGGCAACGAUAUCCAGAGAGCCCGUCAACGUGAGAAAGCAUACUGAAUUCGCAUUUCAAAAUAGCACCCGGUGCCCAAAUGGUAACAGUCCACCUUCCCCAUAUCAGGAGUGAUUGUGGCAAGUCUGGUGAUUAUAUAUUGAGAGGCAGACAAACUUAUAGAGGACAGGAAGACAGACAAACUACUUUCCAAAAUAUAUAUAGUAGAUUGGGUGUUCUUUUUCUAUCAUUAAGUAGUUUUCAAUUUCAUUGUUCCGCAAGGGACAAUGGCAAUAAAGGUAUCGUAUCGUAUCGUAUUAAAAAAAAAUGCAGAAUCUUUUGCAAAAUGAUCUAAUUUCUCUGGCCCACCUUAGACUCCUUCCCAAACCUUUACUUGAAUUGCAUUAUACCGUACUGGCCCGAAUAUAAGCCACACCUGCAAAUAAGCUGCACCUUUAAAAUUCGGCGGUUUGGGGGGAAUUUGGAAAAAAAGUGCGGCUUAUAUUUGGGCCAAUACAGUAUUAGCAGAUAUCACUAAUAUAUACAAUGUUCAUGAUGUCUUAGUUUCUGUGUUUCUGGCAGCGCAGUUCUAUGCCUGUCUACUCAGAAGUAAGCUCCAUUGAGUUUCAUGGGACUUGCUCCCAGGUCAGUAUGCGUACAGCAGUGCAGUCAAAGCAGUUUUUAUUAACAUUUUUUUGUACUGUUUCCUCCUUCAGAUCUGCCUCCACAGCUGCAAAGAACCGUGGUCAGUAUUUUUACGGUACUUGAUAUUUUUAGCUACAUUCCACAAUCCCUGUUAUUGCAUGCAUUUUGUAUUCUUCUAUUUCUUUUUUUAAGGAAGAAGUCAUAGCUGGAAAGUAUCUAAAUGGUAAUUGUGGACUAUAUUUGCAUUUAUUUUUAAAAAUCCACUUUAUAAUAUGAAAGAAAGUAUUAACCUUUUGGAUUAUUUCCCCCCUUUUUAGCUCUCCUUGAUAUACUUCACUUUCAAAGGUAACAUCUGAUUAGUGUUUACUGUAUAGUAGAAUAGUGGAGAGUGUCUUGGGCUACCUGGGAAUUUGUAGAGACAAAAAAAAUGUGGUAUUUACUGUAUUUUUCCGUGUAUAAGACUAUAUUUCCCCCCAAAAAAUUUAAGUUUAAAAUGUGGUCAUCUUAUACACGGAAUGUUGCAAUUAUUUAUUUCUUUAUUUUGGGCUAAAAAAAUAGGGGAUGUCUUAUACGUGGAAAAAUAUGGUAAAUGGAUAGUGAGGUUUGUGAGUUUGGCCCAGUUUGGCCUAAAAUGGGGCAAAGUCACACCAAAAUCAUGUUUUGGCCCAUCACCUGGAUUCCAAAUGGCACUUGACAUCCAAACAUCAAUGCUGUUAAAGGUAAAUAGUACCUAGUAAUUCAAACUAUAUAGCUAUGUUAGUAUGAGGAUGUACUAGUUAUAGAAACAUUACAAUUUCAGAACAAAUUAUUGAAUAUACUUUUUUUGCCCCUGUUUUUUUCUAUAGCACUAACAUGUGGACAACUGACCUGCUUGACCAAAUCAUGGCAAGCCUCCAUGAUCAGGAUAUUGAAAUUACUGCUAGCAGUCUACAGGUUUGCAUCACUCUAAUAUCGCUGCUAUUAGAAUAUUUCAGUAAGGUUGGGUAGGCUGCUGCUGGUCAGUGGUGGAAUAAAAUAAAAAUUCCUAAACUCCAAACCUCGAAGUUGGGCAAAUACCUAUAUGACAACGGAUGACAAUGUCACAAAUUUGUAGGAAGCUUUUGAGUUCUUCAGAUCUCUUCAUUGGAAGAACUCAUAGCAUAGCAAGGAGGGUAGCCAGCUACUUUAUUCUGAGACAGACCAUUGACCUAUCUAACCCAGGGCUGUCUACACUGACUGGCAGUAGUUCUUCGGGAUUUUAGAGAGGGGUCUCUCCCAGCCCUACCUAGAGAUUCCAGGGACCUUCUGCAUGCAAAUUCAGAACGCUUGUCAGGAUUUUGUGACAAUUGGUUGGACUAUUUUUUAUGUUCCUUCAUUUCUUUUUGAAUUUUCUUGAGUAAUAGAAGAAUCAAACAAGAAAAUUCAAAAAGAAAUGAAGGAACAUAAAAGGGAGACAGAAAAAAUGAAGGAGGAAAUAAGAGAUUUGAACAAAUCACAAGAACAGAUUGAGGAUAGCUUAGCUAUGACAGAAAUGCGUCAGAAACAACUCAAUUUAAAAUUCAGAGGAGUAGAAGAAGAAAUUAAUGAGACUAUAAAAGAAAAAAUGAUAAGAGAAUUAGCAAAAUGAUUGGAAAUAAAAGAGGAAGAAGUAGCUUGUACUGUAGAAAGCGCAUUUAGAAUAAGGGUGAAAUCCCAGCAGCUCAAAUUAAAAAAAUCUCCUGGUGAUUGAUGAUUUGCAACUCAAUUGAGAUGAAAAAUAUGAUAUUAAGAACAAGUUACCAGAAAAAAUUAAUAAUUGAAAACAGAACAAUUAUUAUAUACAAAGAAAUACCAAUUAGACUUUUGCGUAAAAGACAAGGAUACCGACAAAUAGUAAGUGUUUUACAGAGAAACAAUAUACAAUAUAGAUGGGAGUUCCCUGAAGGAAUUACCUUCUAUUAUAAAGAUAAAAGAUUCAGAUUAACAGAUACACAAGAAGCAGAAAUUUUUUUGAGAAGAUAUGAGAAGGAGCUUGGAAAAGGGGAAGAAAGGUACGGAGGAGGAGGGAGAUAUACAGAAAGGAGGAAGGAAAAGAAGGCAAAAAACACAGAGAAGCAAAAGAGAGAGAGAGAAGAGGAAGAAGAGGUAGUGGAAGAGGAAGGAGCAGUAGGUGGAGAAGAAGAGGAGGAGGAAGAAGAAGAGUUAACGGAGAAGAGGUCGACUAGAAUAUAAAUUAAAGUCAAACAAUAUAAUGUCGUUAAAGGUUCUGUCCUGGAAUGUAAAUGGUUUGAACGAAAAAUCUAAAAGGAAUAAAAUUCAAAAGGUGUUAAAGAAUAAAAAUUAUGACGUGAUCUGUUGUCAGGAAACACACGUGGCAAAAAAUCACAAACAUAUACUAGCAAAUAAAAGGUUGGGGGUAGAGUUUGUUAAUUCAGACACUAAUAAAAAAAGAGGAGUUGUGAUAUAUGUGAAGGAGAAAUGGGACCCAAUAUUAAUAUGUAAGGACGACGAAGGAAGGACCUUAUGAGUACAAAUCAACCAUCAGGGAGAAAAGAUUAACGUUAUAAAUGUCUAUGCACCAAAUAUGAAUAAAGCUGAAUUCUUUAAAAAAUUGGAACAAAUGUUAACAGAAUUGGAGGAUCAUAAGAUGAUUUUACUUGGAGAUUUGAAUGCCGUGCCAACACCUGAAUUAGAUAGAAGCGUGAAAAGAAGAAAACUUAAGCAGGGGAAAUUACCAAGAACAUUUAAUAAUCUGGUGGAAAAUCUAGAUCUGAUAGACAACUGGAGACAUAAAAAUCCAACACCGAAACAAUAUACACACCUGUCAGAACCACACCAAAGUUGGGCCAGGUUGGAUCAAAUAUGGGUCUCAAGAGAAUUAACAUUAAGAGCACUUAAAUGUGAAAUCCAACCCAGAACUCUUUCAGAUCAUAGCUCAGUAACGUUGGAGAUAAAAAGCAGAUUACAAGGAACAUACAGAUGGAGAAUGAACGAUUAUCUUUUUGAAAAUGAGGAAAUAAUUGAGAAGGCCAAAAGAACGUUAAAAGAAUAUUUUGAGAUGAAUUUAAAUAAAGAGACUAAUAUAGAGAUAGUUUGGGAUGCCAGUAAGGCAGUGUUAAGAGGAUUUUUAAUUAAUCAGAACAGCUAUAGGAAAAAGUUAAGAGAGCAAAAAAAAGAAGAAAUACUCAAUCAAUUAAGAGAUUGCGAAAGAAAACUAGCAAUAAAUCCAACUGAGGAGCAGGUUAAACAAACUUAUAGAAUAUUACAAACACAAUACUCAAAUUUAGUAGGCCAAGAAGUAGAAUGGAGAAUCAAGAUAUAGAAGCAAAAAUUCUUUGAAUCAGCAAAUAAAACCGGAAAAUUACUAGCGUGGCAAUUACGAAAAAACAAAAAACAAAAUAUGAUCAACAAAUUAAGAAUAGAAGAGCAAAUUGUGGAAGAACCUAAGAAAAUAAAGGAAAAUUUCAUCAAAUUUUAUGGUAAAUUAUACAAAAGAGAAAAAGAAGACAGCACAGAAAUAAAGAAAUAUUUAGAAGAAAAUAGACUAAAAGGAUUAACAGAAGAAGAAAUAACACAAUUAAAUAAUCCUAUAAAAAUUGAAGAAAUCCAGGAUGCGAUAAAAAGAAUGAAAUUAGGAAAGGCUCCAGGGCCUGACGGCCUUUCAGCUAAAUACUACAAAGUUCUAGAGGAAUAUUUAGCCCCAGUGCUGUGCGAAGUAGCGAAUAACAUCUUAAGCGGCGGAAAGACACCAGACUCAUGGAAGGAAGCCUAUAUUACACUAAUAUCUAAGCCAGACACAGAUAAAUUAGAUAUGAAAAACUACAGACCAAUAUCAUUAUUAAACAAUGAUUAUAAAUUAUUUGCGGAAGUAAUGGCCAACCGUCUUAAGAAAUGUUUAAGAAACCUUAUCCAUACAGAUCAAGUCGGAUUCUUACCCAAUAGACAAUUAAAAGACAACAUAAGACAUAUAAUUAACAUCAUUGAAUAUCUAGAGGCCAAGAAUGAAAUACCUGCGGCACUAAUUUUUAUUGACGCCGAAAAGGCCUUCGAUAAUGUAUCUUGGCAAUUCCUUGUAAGAUGUCUAAAAACAGUAGGGAUAGAGGGCGCCUUCCUGGAAGGGAUAAAAGCUAUUUACUCAAGCCAGAAAGCAAAAUUGAUUAUUAAUAAUGAUUUAACUGAUUAUUUCAAAAUUUCAAAGGGUACGAGAUGGGGUGCCCUCUAUCACCUCUUUUAUUUAUAAUGAUACUAGAAAUUAUAGCAAAUAAGAUAAGAACAACUCCAGAAAUACGUGGAAUUAAAACUGGAAAAAAAGAAUACAAACUGAAAGCAUACGCUGAUGAUCUGAUGGUAUCAUUAGAAGAUCCACAAAAAAGUGUCCAUAAGGUAAUAGAAUUGUUUUUUUAAAAAUAAUCUUUAUUGCUUUUAAAACUUACAAGAAAAGAAGAAAAAAGGAAAUAGGCGAAAGAAAAAGACAAACUAGAGCAGAGAAGAGGAAAAAAAAGAGAAAGAAAAGAAAAAACAAUACAAUACAUUAAACAAUACAAAACACAACCUUAACACACUAAACUAAACAAAGCAAAAGAACAACAAUUUAAAAACAUAUAUCAUACCAUUUCAUUACUCUAUCUUUCAUUCCCUUAUUUCAUCGACCUCCUCUCACCUCCCUUUUUGUAUUCCACUUCUAUUACUUGUUUCAGCAAUUCCUUUCCAUCUUUCUCUAUUUUUAUCAUUAUGAAUAUCUUAACAUAUUUUGUACCUUAUUUUCCAUUAAUACUGAAAUACUUAUUUAUACCUAACUCCUUAUAAGCAUUUCUGCUAAAGCCAUAAAAUUUCAUUCCAACAAUUUUCUAACACUCAUUAAAUUUACAAUAUUUCUAUAUAUAAACUUUAAACUUUCCCAAUCUUCUACCACCAUCUCUUCUCCCUGGUCUCGGAUUCUGCCAGUCAUUUCCGUCCAUUCCAUAUAGUUCAUCAACCUGGAGAUCUUCUGUCCGAGGCUCUUAAAUCUUUUCCAAGUCCCUUCUGCAGUUUUUCUUCAUAUUCUUUGAUGCUGAGGGUGCUGAAGCGCAGGUCUUGGGGGGGCCCCGACCCAACCAUGCCCCCAUUCCCUCUCGACAGACCAACCAACUCUCCACAGCUAAAACCAGUGUCCAUACAAUAUCUCAAAUCAUGUUUCAAGGCUCCUCCAGAUCCAAAGGCCCCCACAACUCCAAUCACCUCCUGACCCAGAUUCAGGACCCAAAGGUCAGUAAAUCUCUGCAUGAAAGAGUCUAUCCAACCUUCCUUCUUCAAUCCAAACAGGGCUCCAAUCUUCAAAUUCUGACUUUUUCUAUAUUCAUUCAUAAAAGGCCUCCACUUAUAGUCCUCAGUUUGCCUCUGUAAGAAGAACUGUUAGAAGAAUUUGUAAAGUUAUCGGGUUUUAAGUUAAACAAAUCAAAAACUAAAAUGAUGACGAAGAACAUGGAAGAAGUUAUGAAAAACCAGCUGGAGGCUAAAAUUGGAAUUAAAGCGGUAAAAAAAGUAAAAUACCUGGGAAUUUGGCUAACUAUGAAGAACAUAAAUUUAAUGACGGACAAUUAUGAAACAACCUGGAAAGAAAUUAAAAAGAUUUAGAUAUAUGGAACAGAAUAAAAUUAUCAUGGUCAGGAAGAAUGGCCGCAAUUAAGAUGAAUAUACUUCCAAAGUUGUUAUUUCUAUUUCAAAAUAUUCCGGUGAUAAGAGGAAACAAAGUAUUUAAAGAUUGGCAGAAAAUUUUAUCUAAAUUCAUUUGGCAGGGGAAAAGGCCUAGAAUUAAAUUUAAAUUGCUUACAGAUAGAAGAGAAAGAGGAGGUUUUGCGGUACCAAAUUUGAAACUGUAUUACGAGGCCUCAUGCCUCUGUUGGAUUAAAGAAUGGAUUGUAAUAAAAAACACUGACCUACUAGAUUUAGAAGGCUUUAAUACCAGAUUCGGUUGGCACACAUAUUUGUGGCAUAAUAAAGCAAAAGUACAUAAAGAAUUCUCCAGCCACAUCAUUAGAGGACCUCUGCUAGAGGUUUGGGAAAGAAAUAAAAAUCUUCUUGAAAGGAAAACUCCCUGGUGAUUGUCACCAAUAGAUAUUUUAACAAUUAAAAAAACAAACAUAGAAGGUAAGAGAUGGACAUAUGAAGAUUUAUUGGUGAGAACAGAAAAAGGUUGGCAGAUCAAAACGUAUGAAGAACUAGGAGAUAAAUUAAUGAGUUGGUUACAAUUCCAUCAAAUUAAUGCACUGUGGACAGAAGAUAAAAAGAUUGGGAUAAACGAAAAAAAAUCAAGAUUCCAGAUAGAAAUACUGGAAGGAAAUUCAAAACUCUUAUCCAAAAUGUAUAAUCAACUGUUAGAAUGGGAUACUAAGGACGAAGAAAUAAAAGAAGUUAUGGUGAAAUGGGCGAUAGAUCUGGGAUAUAAUUUGGAAUACGAUAGUUGGAUUAAGCUCUGGAAUAAAGAUAUGAAGUUCACUGCUUGUGUUGCCUUAAGAGAAAACAUGGAAAAAAUGAUGUACAGAUGGUACAUCACCCCUGUAAAAUUAGGAAAAAUCUAUAAGAAUGGAGAUAAAAUGUGCUGGAGGUGUAAAAACAAGGAAGGUAGUUUUUACCACAUGUGGUGGACUUGUGAAAAAAUCAAGAACUUCUGGGAGCUCAUUUAUAAUGAACUAAAAAAAAUGUUUAAAUAUACUUUUGUUAAAAAACCUGAAAAUUUCCUUUUAGGAAUGAUUGGCAAUGAAAUUAAGAAAGAGGACCAGAACUUAUUCCAGUACGCAACAACAGCUGCUAGAAUUUUAAUCGCCCAAAAUUGGAAAUCAAUCAAUAUCCCAACAGUAAGAGAUUGGCAAAGUAAAUUAUUUGAAUAUUCAGAAUUGGCAAAAUUAACACAAAAAAUCAGAGACCAGAAAGAAACAAAGUUUAUUAAAGAAUGGAAUAAAUUCAUAACCUAUAUUGAAGUAGAUUUAAAAAACCCAAAGAUCACAGUAGGCUUAAUAUAACCCUUCUACAUACAAAAGUUUUAAAGAUAAACUGCGGGGGGAAAUGUAUUACAUAAUCCAAAACUGAGGUGGAGGGAAGUCAAUAACUUACAUGUUUGUCUUUGUUUUGUUUUGUUUUGUUUUCUUAUAAUUAAGUUAUGUUGUUCUUAUUAUAGUUUUUUUUCCCGUGAAGAAUUUAUUUUUUGUACAUAUGUGUGUAUAUGUGUGUAUGAAAAUUAAUAAAGAGAAAUAAAUAAAAAAAAGGAACAUAACUACCUUUGUUUUGGAUGUACAUUUAGGAAUACAAAAUUGUUGAGUUAGCUAUAGACAUGGGGAAGAAAUUAUAUUUAUUUCAUGUUAAAAGCCAAAUCUAUUGAAUCUGCACUUUCCAAACGCAUUAUCACAAUUCAAGGAUAGAUACCAGGCAGGCAAAAGCAAUCAAAGGAGGGCACCGAGCAGGGCUGGUGAUGGGUCUCAAGGGCCACCCAGAGAUGCCUAGAGGGCCACAUUUGGCCCACGACUGAGGUUCCGCAUCCCCAAGGGUUUCAUUGGGUUUUGAGCCUCAGUUGAUAUGGUCCUCAGCCAAAUGCCAAUGAGAUGACAACGAAUUUAAGGUAGAUUGGAAGGACUUUAUUGCAUAUAUACAGAAGCAAUGUACACAGGUUAAUACAUUAGCAGGGUUUUGAAAAUACUUGUAAUUUAAUUAUGAAUGGACCAUAAGCAAUUGAAAUGAUUUAUAACUUUUCAAUGGACACAUAGUAUGUUAAUAAACAAUGGAACCAAGAAAGGGACUAGGGGGAAGUCAAUUUGUUUUGUUUUGUUUUGUUUUGAUGUUGUUAUUGUUUUUAUUUUUGUUAUUGUUGAAAAUUAAUAAAAUGUUAUACACAGCCUAAUUUCAAAUGCAUGGCAAGGAGAGGGAAAUUGGAUGAAAGCGGGUGGCAGAGAGACAAAGAGAGAAAGAAAGGACUGCAGAAAAAGAGAAAAAAUGAAGGAGUGCCCUGCUCACUUUUAGCUCUAGUAUGUAGCCCUUGACAGAUGUGGACCUGGGCCUUGGCAAAAAAAAAAUGAUCCUCGCCCCGAUCUAUGACCGUGUCUCUCUUCAGUGUGAAAGUUCAUAAAAAACCCCCAAGGUGAAUCAUAUUUGAAUGAGUUAUAUCCAUCCUCUCCACCCCUCUACCCUGUUUUUCAGGUGUCUGUAAAAAAUUACCUGGGCAACCUCUUAUACCACCCCAAAGUGCUGCUGUCAGAGUUUCAACAGAUGAAUCAUCCACAUUUUCAAACAGCAAUGAAGUAUCUCUUCGGCAGCAAGCAGGAGCAUUUGGUAAAUCGGUUUUGGUUAAAGCAUGCUGCAAACUGGAGCAGUCUUGGCCUAGAUUCCCUUUUACAUACGCUGGUGCCAUCACCGGGUGCUCCCCUUGUGACUCUACAUGUCAGAGAUGGAGGUCCCAGCUGCCUCCUCUGCCGCUCCAGCAGAGAGCAGAGCCUCAUCAUGGAAAGAGGAGGGCUUUGACCAACCAGAGGGAGGUCUGAAAAGGAGUAGGUGGCAGCAGAGCUGAAGGCAGGAAGACUGAGAUGCAGGCACAGCCUUUGGAUGUGGAAUCAGGUGCAUCUGCCCAGAGGGAGUGCAGGUGUUCACCUUGAGUAGACCCAUAGGGUGAGAGAGUCCCGUGAAUGAGCUCAUUCCACAGGUCUUUAAAAGCUUGGCUGGAGGGGGCGUGUCAACUGCUGGGACAUCUUUGUAGCUUCCAUUCAGUUAUGAACCCCCUGGCUUGCUCACAUACCUCAGAAUCUUGACUUCUGGACCUUGUGCUUGCUGCUGAACCUAUGCCAUUAUUAGCCUGAUCUCUUCCUUACUUGCAAGUCAGUGUUGAUGUCAUUGUGUUUUUUUGGUGACAGCCUCAUCAUUACCAGCACGCCAGUGCAAGUAGAUAAAUAGGUACCGCUGUGGCGGGAAGGUAAACGGUGUUUCCAUGCGCUCUUUUUCCUGUCACGGUGUUCCAUUGUGCCAGAAGUGGUUUAGUCCUGCUGGCCACAUGACCCGGAAAGCUGUCUGUGGACAAACGCCGGCUCCCUUGGCCUGAAAGUGAGAUGAGCGCCACAACCCCAGAGUCGCCUUUGACUGGGCUUAACCGUCCAGGGGUCCUUUACGUUUUUACCCAUCUAAAGAGGUGUGUGUGGCAAAAGAUCUUGACUAGCUGGAACACCUGCAAUGGUUUGUUGCAUGACCACGUCCUAUGACUGACAGCCAUUGAUACAGCUGCACUCUUUGAUUUCAGGAGUUGGGAAAUAUUGUUAUUGAUCUGGCCGGCAUAAGAGAGAGGAUUUUCCAAAGUUCAGGAGGAAACAGGACAUUGUUCCUCAUUACUCUGGAAAGGUGCUUCCUGAUGCUGAACGCUGUGGAAUGUGUGGACAUAUUAAGCCAGGUCCUUCAGGCAUCAUCAAUGACCUACCUGCAACGCCACACCAUAGCAAGGCUCCCAAACGAUCUGCAAGAAGAUGCUUUUCGAAACCUGUAAGUUACUUUUCUGGCUGUAAAUAAAUCAAGGCAACAAGUGGUUUUAUUUUAUAACAUCGGUAUAGAAAUAACCUAUAUGAAUAGCAAGUUAUAUGAAUAUGAAUGCUUAUGAAUACCAACAUCAAUAUAGAAAUAACCUAUAUUUCAAGUCAACCAAAGUUGCAAGUCAACCAAAGCAAACCCUCAAUCCUAUAAAAAUGUGCUGGGUGAUUUAAUUCACAAAUAUAGAAUCUUUUGACUAAGGGUGAAAGCAGGAUGGGGAGGGAGAAUUUUGGCUGACAGGCUAAUGAAAGGAAAGUCAGUCAAAUCCAUCCAUCGUGUGCUGCUUUUCUCUUUCAGAUCAACUGUGUUCAGAGACCUGUAUGACAGAACAGGAGCAAAUGCACAAAAGGCUCUAUACGACUGGAUGACACAAAUCCUACAAAAAUCCUACAAUACCAGUGGUAGGUUGAAUACCAGCAACCAACAGGUGCCAUAUACAUCCCUUAAGGCAGUGAUUCCCAAGUGGUGGUCGGAGGACCACAGGGAUUUUGUGUAACCCACCCAGGCAGUCCGUGGCACCAUUCACAUAACUAAAACUAGCAGAGAUAUAUAAACAUUUUCAAAAGUAGGGGGUCCAUGGCUUGACUCUUCAAAAACAGGGGUUCCACAGUACUUAACUAAUUGGGACCUACUGCUUUAAGGGCUUACCAAUGUGGCACCCAUAUGCUCCAAUGUACUCACCUGUUCCUCAUAUGGUGCUUACAAAAAUUACAGGAAAUACCCCUUCAAAAAUUUAUAAUGCACAGGUGACUGCUGCUGAGUUUCUGAUUGCAUUGGCCCUGCCUCUUCUGCACUGACACCCCCCACCCUGCUUAAACAUGCUCAAAUUUCAUUGGAUGUCAAGUUUGGCCACCCUCCCACUCUCUCUCUCUCUGAACAAAGGAGGGAUGAAAAGAGCUUCUCGCCAGGAGUUAAUGUGGUAUAUUGGAACUGAUGUAGGUGCCUUUUCCCCAUCUGAAAUAUACUCGUCCUGCAGUGGUUUCAUGCUCUUUACUGCAGCUUGUAAAACAGUGACUGAAUUUCCCCCCAAACCUCAGGCUUUUAUGUACAUUAUUUACAUAAUGAAUCCCGUCUGAUUGGCUGAUUCUGCUUCCCUCCUGGAGCCUGAUUGGUCUUCUCCUGCAGGCCAAUCAGUUGUUGCAUUCUACGAUCCUACCAGCCUAAUAGGCUGGUUAACUUCCUCCUGGCGCCUGAUUGGUCUUAUCCUGCAAGCCAAUCAGUUGUUGCAUUCUAGGAUCCUACCUGCCUAUUGUUCUAGGAUCCAAGCUUAGUACAUAACACCAUCAAUGGGGAUUGACUAGAGGGCAUUUUGUCUCUCUCUCUGCUCUUUUAGAUACAGCAGCCAUUUUGUCCCCUGAACCUGAAGACUUCACCCUAGCCUCUCACUCUCUAGGGUUUAGCUGUCUCCCAUUCAGCCAUCAGUAGGGUUGCUGGGUCAGGAGCACCCCAGACCCUGAGAUUUCAGAGCCCAAACCUGAAACCUAGGAGCAGCCUCUGGGGAUGCCACAGGGGAUAGCCCCCAGUGAUGUCAUGGUGAGCAGGCAGUUCCUGGUGAUGUCAUUAAGCAUGACACUUUGAGCUAAGCAUCAACCAGUCUCUGAGAGCAUGUCAGUGACCCUAGAUACCGUAAGUCUAUGCAAUAAUUUUCAGCCAGCUCCUUGCAAGCUGCAUGCACAGUCUUCUUAAUCAUUCCUUUUAAAGGCACUAUUGCCCACUUGGUGAUUCAAGCCCUCCCUCUGCCAUGAAGCAGGUGGUGGGGGAGCAGCAAAUCUGGAGAAUUCAGGUCAGCCCUGGCAACCCUAGCAAUCAACUGCACUCCAUGCAUUCCAUGCACUCCACGCACCCUGCUCCAGGCUACAUCGGGUGUAGUGCAUACCUUCUAUAUUUCUCUGAUGAAAAUAGGGAUGUCCUAUUCUAUUAUUAUUAUUAUUAUUAUUAUUAUUAUUAUUAUUAUUAUUAUAUUUUAUUUUAUUUAUACCCCACCCAUCUGACUGAGUUGCCCCAGCCACUCUGGGCAGCUUCCCACAUAUAUAAAAAUAUUAAAGGUAAAGGUAAAGGUACCCCUGACCGUUAGGUCCAGUUGCGGAUGACUCGGGUUGCUGUGCUCAUCUCGCUCUAUGGGCCGAGGGAGCCAGCGUUUUCCACAGACAGCUUCCGGGUCAUGUGGCCAGCAUAACUAAGCCGCUUCUGGUGAACCAGAGCAGCGCACGGAAACGCCGUUUACCUUCCCGCUGGAGCAGUACCUAUUUAUCUAUUUGCACUUUUUGGGUGUGCUUUCGAACUGCUAGGUAGGCAGGAGCUGGGACCAAGCAACAGGAGCUCACCCCGUCAUGGGGAUUUGAACCGCCGACCUUCUGAUCGACAAACCCUAGACUCAGUGGUUAAAUAUUAUUUUUAAAACUUCCCUGUACAGGGCUGCCUUCAGAUGUCUUCUAAAGGUUGUAUAGUUACUUAUCUCCUUGGCUCAGGGGUCACAUAACUCCAUACCCUCCAACAUUUCUCUGAUGAAAAUAGAGAUGCCCUAAGGAAAAGCGGGACAUUCUGGGAUCAAAUCAGAAACCAGGACGGCUUCUGUAAAUCUGGGACUAUCCCUGGAAAAUAAGGACAUUUGGAGGGUCUGGUAGUGAGCUUCCCUUUGGUGUGUGUAGCCAAAUGAUGGCAAAUGGACCUCCCUCUGCUCAAAAUCCUUACUCUGACCUCUGCAUGCCUCUCCUCUUCCGGCUGCUCAGAGACAAAUCCUUUUGUUUAUCUUUCUGGGGGAAUAACCGUGUCUUUCACGCCAUGGUUUAUUGUAGGCAAUUGUCUAAGAAUUACAAGAUUGCAAUGAGGUAGAAGAUAAUCUGUUAUUGGGAAAUAUGUUUCCCAAUGGACAUAUGGAUUCUGGACACUGUUUCCUGGGACGGAUCGAUACAACUGUCUACGCAGCAUAUCUAGAUCAAUGCUAGGAGCUAUGGCAGGAAGAACUGCACAUGAAUCCAGCAGAGGGCUCCAGAGCAAAAGCUAUAGAUCACUGCUGGUUGAAAUCUGCCCUUGGAAUCAAUCACCCUGCCUCCAAAGAAAUGAGGAGAUCUGCUCAGUUGGAUUACUGUAAUCCUGUGGGACUGCCUUUGAAGGAAGUUCAAAAUGCAGCUGCCCAAGUUUUGACUUUAGGUUGCAUAUUCUGUAUACUAAUAGUGAACUAAUUAUCUAAGGGUUGUUCCUUACGUUGCCAAAAUGAUACCAUCCCCAUCAGUGCCAGGUUUAUGUAUAAGCUAAACAAGCUAUAGCUUAGGGCCCCACUCUCUUGGGGGCCCCCCAAGAAAAUUUAAAGGAAAAAAACCUGGGUGUACAUUUCCAAAAUAUAAAAUAAAAAACUAAUAAAAUAAAACCUACAUACAGCAGCAGUGUUUUGUGUUGUGUAGGCUCCUAUGAUGUAAGUAAUGGGCACUCAAUCAUUUUAAGUUAGAGCUUAAUAAUUAUUUCACUAUUAAUAUACUUCUUAAUUGUAUUUCAGUUCAACAAUUACUUUGAUAAAAUGCAUAUUUUGUUAUGUGCAAAUGGCUUUAGAUACCUAUUAGGCCCAUAAAUUACCAUAUAGCAUAUAUUCAACACAAAAAAGCGGCAAUUUCUUGUUGACAAAGAACAGCUGGACAUAUAAAGGGCUCCACUACCUUCAGUAGCUUAGGGCCUCAUCAAACCUAAUUCCGGCGCUGAUCCCCAUGCACAAGAGUGCCUGGCGGGUAUCAGCAGGCUUGUUGUGGGAGUGGGAACCCCAAGGUUUGCAAAAGUACAAUAAAUUUUCUCCCCCCAACAAAUCAGAGGGAAACUGCAUAGGUCAUGCACAGCAGUUGCAGAAUGUUUACUGACAGCUGGCCAGAAAACUGGGAGGAGAGGGCACUGAAAAUGGCAUGACCGGCUGGCUGGCUAGAGCCCUGAAUAGAAGCACUUUUCACUGUAACAUUUUGUUACAAGGCCAACUUGUUCGUUUAUAGUAGUAAUGAUGCUCACUUGGCUAUGAGCAUUUUUCUUUUGUGGUGUCCCCAGAACCGGAGAAUUCUACUUCGUGGGUCAGUGCAGACAACCUGUGGAUCCUAGGAAGAUAUAUGGUUCACCUCCCACUGGAAGAAAUCACAAAAAUUAACCCUAAUGAAGUAAGUAAUGAUGAAGUACUCACCUGAAUAUUGGUUUUGGAAUAUAUAAGGCACGGUUGGUGUCAUUCUUAUGGCUCCAAGUACUACUCUGGAUUUCAAUCACAGUACCAGUUUGAGUUCUGAGUACACACACAGAGAGAGAAAGAGAGAGAAAUAUAGAUAUAUCACUCAUGAAAGAAAGCAAGAUUCUAGUAGUAAUCAAAUCCACAGAACUGUAAUGAUCUUUACUUUUUAAAAAACAGUUCCUGAAGUUAUAAUAGGUCAAAACUGGCUCUCACACACUUUUAUUGUUUAAUAAAACAAACAUUGAACAAAAGUAAGAUCUCCUUAGGAAAACAAAAUAUAAAUGUAGAUAUUUUAUUUUUAUUAUUAAAAACAGUGUUCUGUUUAGAACACAUAAGUUGUUAAAUCCAAUUAGCCAAGGCAACAGGUCUUAUCAAGAGCAUUCUAAAAUGCAAGACUCUUCUUUGCUGGGGAGAGAUUGAGGGAAAUGGGAGCAGUGGAGGGGAUGUAGAUAGGUAUCAUAUGGAAUAUGAACAUUUAGUGUAUACUGCUGAGUUCAGUCCUGAUAACACACCUUUAAUCUCUCUUCUAAUUAGAUGAGAUUGUUCAUUAGUUAUGACAAUGCAACAAAACAGCUUGAUACCGUGUAUGAUAUCACACCGGAUCUUUCGCUGGCUUUCUUGGAAAGAAUAAAUGCAUCAGGAUUUGAUAUGAGAAACACCUCAACUAUCUAUAGGCAAGUCAUAUUUCUCAAGGUUGUAUUUUUUGCAAGUUGAGCAUGGUGGUGAGGAGGAGAGAGAUGAGGCUAAGUGUUUCAAGGAUUGUUAUCAAGUCAUGGAAAAACUGUUGUCUUCUGGACCCCACAGUGCUAUAUGAUGGGUCCUCUUAUUUUUAUUUUAUUUCAUAAAAUCUCUACACUGCUUGACUGUAAACAACAACAACAGCAACCUCCACAUAUUUUACAAAAAAAUAAAACAAGAAAAUAAAGAAAAAAAUGCAACAGUACUUUCAAACAUACAAAAGUUAAAAUACUAAGAAUAUAAUUACCUCAACUUUCUAAGCACCUGGGUAGGCUUGUCUAAAGAAGAAUUUGUUUUUAGCAAGUGCCAAAAAGAGUACAGUGGUACCUCGGGUUACAUACGCUUCAGGUUACACACUCCACUAACCCAGAAAUAGUGCUUCAGGUUAAGAACUUUGCUUCAGGAUAAGAACAGAAAUCGGGCUCCGGCGGUGCAGCAGCAGCAGGAGGCCCCAUUAGCUAAAGUGGUGCUUCAGGUUAAGAACAGUUUCAGGUUAAGAACAGACCUCCGGAACGAAUUAAGUACUUAACCUGAGGUACCACUGUACAGUGAAGGCACCUGGUUGAUAUCAAUAGGGAUUUUCAAGUGUAGGUGCUGCCACACUAAAUGAUUGAGUUCUUACAAAUGUGGAAUGGGUAUUAUGUGGUAUCUGUAGUGGUGUCAGUUCUUCUGCUCAAAGAGAUCAAGUAGCCACAUGUGGGGUAAGGUCAUUUCAUAGGUAAACUGGUCCUAAGUUGUCAAGGGCUUUGUAUAAUAAUGUGGGAGAGCAUUCAACCAGCCAAUUGUCCCCUGCUAUAUGUCCUGAAGUGGUACAGUCCCAGAAGGGCUGUGUCAUGUGAUUUUUCUGGACAUGUAAUUUGAUUCAAAAUAAUUUGCUUUGAUUGGUUGCCCAAUAUAACAGUACCACUUAUAUACAGUGUGCUUAGAGUAUGGAAGGCACGUUGUAUGUAUUAUACCCUCUUAUGAGCCUUAAAGGUAAAGGUACCGCUGACCGUUAGGUCCAGUCGCGGACAACUCUGGGGUUGCGGCGCUCAUAUCCCUCUAUAGGCCAAGAGAGCCGGCGUUUGUCCACAGACAGUUUCCGGGUCAUGUGUCCAGCAUGACUAAGCCGCUUCUGGUGAACCAGAGCAGUGCACGGAAACGCCUCUUACCUUCCCGCUGGAGCGGUACCUAUUUAUCUACUUGCACUUUGACGUGCUUUUGAACUGCUAGGUUGGCAGGAGCAGGGACCGAGCAACGGGAGCUCACCCCAUCACGGGGAUUCGAACCGCUGACCUUCUGAUCGGCAAGCCCUAGUCUUAGUGGUUUAGACCACAGUGCCACCCGCUGUUGUAUGAGCCUUACAACAACUCUAAAAGAGAGGGCAGCAUUAUUAACCCCCUAGGACUUUCUGGUUUAUAACUCAGUCUCUUAACCACUGCCCUAUGCUACCCAGCUGCACUGUAGUGAUGGGCAUUCAGUAGGGGAAGGCUGCCAACUCACUUCCACAUUCUUUCAUGCAGGUUAGGCUUGCUGGUUUGUUUUUACAAUAGCCUGGAACAGAUGGAUGCCAAUGUGGCCCGUGUACUGCUUCAUCAAAUGAUUAAAUGUAACCAGCUGAGGGGUUUCCAGGCUGAUGUUCAGAAGGUGGGUAUAGACUUUAUUCUUGCUAGAAUGAUUGCAUCACUUUGGAAGGACUUUGGAAGUGACAGAAAUUUGAGUUUAGUGUCAUGUCAUGAUAGCCAGCCUGCUGGUCAUUUGGUUCUGUAAAAGACUGUCCACUCGGGCACCUGAGAAUUUUGGUGGCACAGGGUUCCGAAGGACAUGGAGCACCAUGCCCAGCCAUGAUAGCUGCCGGCAAACCAAGAAUCCACCCAACAAACUGCCUAGGUUGUUACAUCUCUUUCCAAUUCCCUCUUGGAUUUAGAAUAGUAUAUCCUUGGAUAUUGUCACAGAUCUUCCCCUACCAGGUGGGCACAGUACAUUCCUGGUAGUGGUGGAUUUGCUUGCAAAAACGGCCCAUUUCAUAUCUUGCAUCCUGUCCACCAAGUAAAUAGCUCACUUGUUUAUCAAGCAUGUAUUCCACCUACAUAGGCUGUCAGAAAGUAUUGUGUCUGAUUGAGGUUCCCAGUUUACUACAUGGUUCUGGCAUAGCUGCUUCCAUUCUACUGGAUGUAGAUCUUCUGCUCUCCAUAGCAUAUCACCAACAAACCAAUGGCCAGACCGAAUGUACCAACACUACUCUGGAGCAAUAUCUCUGCUGCUCCAUUAAUUACUAGCAAGACAACUGGGUAGAUCUAUUCUCACUUGUGUAGUUUGCCUACAAGAACGCCUAGCACUCUUCCACACGGCAAACAUUCUUUUUUGCUAACUACAGCUGCUGUGGUUCAGUGUGGUGUGCAACCCAGGCCUUUAUGUGUUUACACCUGUUGAGAAUGUCUGUUUAGCAAACGUUGCUAUUGAUCAGAGAAACAAAGGAAAGUUAGCCUCAGAAAGCAUACAUGUUUUAGUUUCUGAUCAGUUCUUUAACACACUUUUUAAAAAACUGUUUCAGCUCAAAUCCCAACUUCUUGACAUUGCCAUGCAAAAUCAGACGUUGAACGACACUCUUGGGUCACUCUCGGACGCAGUUGUGGGACUAACUAUCAGCCAGUUGGAGUCUCUCUCACCUGAGGCUGUGCACAAUGCUAUUCCAACCUUAAACCAAGUCUCUGGAUGGGCCAAAAGCCAGAUCAUGAUUUUAUCCAGCAAAUACCUGAUGUAUGAAAAGGUACUUUGGGGGAUGUUGUUGUAAAAUGAAUCUAAAAUGAACUAUUCAGAACUGCUCUGCAUUGUACCCAGGCAAUGCCAGGUAAAAGACUGCUAGUACAAUAUAAAGUGCAAGUGGCUCAAAAGCCUUCUGCCCAUGAUGUGCAAAAACAAGCUUGGAGAUUUUACAUAUAACCUAUGCAUACUGUCCAAAUGCAGUCUUAUACUCUGUUAAUCGGCUGCUGUGCAUUUAUUUUGUUCUUCAUGCAGGCUUUGUCGUUUCAUAAUAUAAGUCAAAUGGGUGCUUUGGCGACUGGGAUCAGCACCCAGGCGUUCCACAACAUGAGUCCCAAAGAGCUCUCUCAGGUUGUCAGAGGCGCACUGGCGCAACGUGCAUCAGAUUUGUCACCAGCACAGCACCAAGGGAUCCUCCGGAAGGUAUUUGCAGAUCUUUGUGUGGGAGGAGUAGAGUUGGGGGAGAAAUCCAGUUCACUUGACAUUUCGCACGUGGGUUCGCACUUUCCAAAAUGAUACCCCAUGGGUAGGCAAACUAAGGCCCGGGGGCCGGAUGCGGCCCAAUCGCCUUCUAAAUCCAGCCCACGGACGGUCCAGGAAUCAGUGUGUUUUUACAUGAGUAGAAUGUGUCCUUUUAUUUAAAAUGCAUCUCUGGGUUAUUGGUGGGGCAUAGGAAUUUGUUCAUUAUUCCCCCCCCCCAAAAAAAUAUAGUCCGGCCCCCCACAAGGUCUGAGGGACAGUGGACUGGCCCCCUGCUGAAAAAGUUUGCUGAGCCUUCAUACACAAACAGAAACAUGGGUAUCCUUUCUGUCUGAAUUUUGUGAUGCAGUUCUCUAACCCAAAAAAGGGAAUAAAAUUAUUGUUGUUUUUCGUUGUUGAAUUUAUAUACUGUUCUACCUCCUGAGGGAACAAACAUAUCCACAUUAUUAUUAUUAUUAUUAUUAUUAUUAAAAAAAUCUAAAACAGGUAAAACAUUCCAUAAACAGUUUCAAUUAAAGUUCUCAAGACUUUAUCAGCGAGGAGCUUAUCAGUAAGAAUCCUAUAGGCCUCCAGAUGUUGUUGACUUCCACCUCACAGCCAGCAUGAUGUCAGUUGUAGUUCAGAACAUCUUGAGAUUCCUCACCCCUGGCACAGAGCAUGGCUACAGGUUGUGGCCAGGUGAAAGAAUGCAAACAUUUCCUACUAUUCAGGACAAGCUUUUGGAUUAAUAAAGCUGUGCAGGUUUGCUGCACAGGUAAUUGGCAUUUUGGUUCCCUUGUUUGGAAUGUGUGCAUUUUUAAAAGAAAUGUGUUGAUUUUUCUGUCUUUUGAUAAUUUGAUUAUGUAUACCCCUAAUAACUCCCAGCACCCUUAACAAAGCCAGUGUGGUGUAGUGGUUAGGAGCGGUAGACUCGUAAUCUGGUGAACUGGGUUCGCUUCCCCGCUCCUCCACAUGCAGCUGCUGGGUGACCUUGGGCUAGUUACACUUCUCUGAAGUCUCUCAGCCUCACUCACCUCACAGAAUGUUUGUUGUGGGGGAGAAAGGGAAAAGGAGAUUGUUAGCUGCUUUGAGACUCCUUCAGGUAGUGUUAAAGCGGGAUAUCAAAUCCAAACUCUUCUUCUCUUCUUCUUCUGCUAUUCCCAGGAUUCUUUGGUGGAAAGCACGACUGUUUAAAAUGGUACGAUAUUGCUGUAAUUGUAUAUUUGCAGAUGGGGCUUAGGUCCCACUGAGUUCAGUCAGAAGAACUUCCAAAUAAGCUGUACCUUGUACUGUUGCCUUUGGGUUUGGGGCCAACUCUGAGGGAGCUGCAGCUGUUCAGUUAAAGCAAGUGAUGUAAACUGGGAUAAGACACUGUGGAGAAUUUGCCACCGCAAGAAAAUGGCCACCAUCUUGGAAGGCUUUAAAAGAAGUUUUGAGGAUUCAUAAAGUUAUCAAAGGCAACUAGCCAUGGUGGCUAUGUUCUACCUCCACUUUUGGAAGUAGUAACACUUCUGAACACCAGUUGUUGGUGGGCAGAGCACUGGUGUGCUUUCGGGCUUCCCACAGGCAUCUGGUUGGCCAUUGUGAGAACAGGAUGCUGGACUGGAACAGCCAUUGGCCUGAUUCAUCAGGACUCUUCUUAGCAUUGCCUCUUGUGCUUCUUCUGUAGAUGAUCGAAUCCAUGGAACUGAUAUCAGUGAUUGCCGAUAUGCAAGGGGCCUUUUUUAAAGAGGUGUCACUUGUUACUUUGUGGAUGGAGGAAGGACUGAACUCUUCACUAGUGAAAGACAAAGAAUUAAGGCCAAGUCAGGUAACUAACAACACAAAUAUCUCUCAGGUAUCCCCAGGGCCGGAUUUAGGUUUGAUGAGGCCCUAAGCUACUGACGGUAGCCCUUUAUAUGUCCAGCUGUCCUUUGUCAACAACAAAUUGUCGCUGUUUUUGUGUGUUGAAUAUAUGCUAUAUGGUAGGCAUAGGCAAACUCCGGCCCUCCAGAUGUUUGGGACUACAAUUCCCACCAUCCCUGACCACUGGUCCUGUUAGCUAGGGAUGAUGGGAAUUGUAGUCCCAAACAUCUGGAGGGUCAGAGUUUGCCUCUCCCUGCUAUAUGGUAAUCUAUGGGCCUAAUAGGUAUCUAAAGCCAUUUGUACAUGUUGUCAUGCAACCAGUCCAUGCAGAAUGUAGGUACCCUAUAUAUAGAAAUGAGCAAACCAGUGAUAUUUUAGGGAGCAGGCUAGCAGGCAGGGCCUAUGACUUACAUCAUAGGAGCCUACACAACACAGUACACUGUUGUUGUAUGUAGGUUUUACUUUAUUUGUUUUUUAUCUUAUUUUUUGGAAAUGUACAUCCAGGGUUUUUCCCUUUAAAUUUUUUGGGGGCCCUAAGCUAUAGCUUGUUUAGCUUAUAUGUAAAUCCGGCACUGGGUAUUCCUAAGUGCAGACCAGGUAUGCAGAAAAAUCCCAAAGCAGCCUGGCAAAAACCUGCAAGCUUCUGGGAGGUACUGAAUGUCACGAUGUCAGCUAAGUAUAGCAAGGGAAGAAAACUGAAAUUGGGAGAUGAAGUGAGGAAGAGUAGCAUUCCUUUAGGGACUGGCGAUGCCCUGCACAGUUUUGUUUCAGAUUCCGUGUGUGUGCAGCUAAUUUGAUUUCAGUACUUUCAUUUCAUUUCAGGCCUUGUUUCUGUAUGAAUUGUUGUCAAAGAAAACCCCUUCUCCCGACCUCUUAAGGUAUGAUUUCACCACUGACCCUUACCUUUCCAUCCUUAUGGAGCCACAAUUGCAAGUAUUAUUUUCUUGCUCUUUUGAGGUUCAGAUGCCUGAAAUUUCUAUAGGCAGAGCAUCACCAUGGAAGUAACAGCACGCAGGAAGCAAUUUUCCCUUUGUUCGUCCCACACCAUUCAAGUGCAUUUAACUGUUAAUUUACAAACCACAAAAAAGUCCAAUUUUUAAAAAGUGGAUUUGUUGAGUUGAGCAACUGAGCACUUUAAUGUAUUUUAAUAAGUGCUUUUUUCUGGGGGUACACAGGGGUAUGCAUACCUCUAAAUAUUUUGUGAAUCUAAGUUUGGCCUCAUUGAGGGGCAGUAUUUCAAUAUGAUUAGGAAAAUGAGAGUACCCCUAAACAUUUUUUUCAGAAAAAAGCGCUAAUUUUAAUUACCCAACCUAAAUUUACGCUAUGCACUUCAGUCCCAUCUGCAAAAUAGAGAUGGUCUGGAUACACUUCUCAGCACACUUCCUGAAUGUUAUGGGACUUACAUAUGAGUAGACAUACAUAGAAUUGCACUGUAAAACGUGCCAAGUCAUGUUGGGUCAUAUAAUUACUUAACUAUCUAUGCUUUCUUCAAAUCAGCAUCAGCCAAUUGGUGAAAGGAGUAACGUGCAGUCAGCUUGAGAGUAUGAGCACAGUCUCUUUUUUAAACACAUUCAAAGUUUUUGAAAAGAAUCUUCACCUGCUGUCGCCAUAUCAGGUAAAAUGUGAAAGCACCAUUAUUCUGUGUUCAACAGAAGCUAGCGCCAGGGUGGGUGGGUCUAUUUCAGGCCAACACCACCUUCUGAAGCUUUUACCAUAAUUCUGUUACGUUUCUGCAUUACUCUGAGAUUUAUUCAUUUUUUAAUGCCCUCAAAAUAACGUUUAUAUGUUUGCCUUCUUUCAAAAUAUAUUUGAAUAUGCAAUUCAAAUAGAUUUUGAAAGAAGUACGCAAUUUGGUGUGCUUAAACGGACAAGAAUCGUGUUGCAACAAUAAAAGGAAUGCAAAAAUCUGGUGAAUAGCCAAAUUUGGGUUUUGCACACUAGUCUAAUUGUGCUUCCAAGUGGGACUUAAUUUGCAAGUGAGUCAUUGAGAAAUUGCAAACCAGUCAUUGGCCACAGUUUGUAUAUGGAUGUGUGACUUUGGCUGGUAUGUUAUGUGGAUGUGGUGUCAUGUUAUAUUAUGGGGGUCUGGUGUUAUGACCCACAUCUUCAUAGCAGCACAUCUACACAUAUGUGGAUGUUGUGUUAUGUGCUGCUAUGUUAUGUGGAUGUCAUUAAGUGCUGUUAUGUUACGUUGCAUGAAGGUGUGGUAUGGAUAGGUACGUCUGGAUAUUGUCUGGAAGUUAUGAGCAACGAACCUAUCAAGGAUUAUAGCUGCUGCUGCUUUUUCCAUUGCUCCUCGACAAUCACAUAUAGCUAAAAAUGAUUUAAGGAUGUCUUUUUUGCAGAUCAAUUGUCUGGCUUGGAAAUUUUGGAUACUCUCCAAUGCAUCUGUGCCUCCCUAUCUCUUAUCAGUGCUUCCGUAAGUUCUCUCUCACGCACACCUAUUUUAAUAAAAAGCAAAGGUACCCUUGUUGGUCCAUUAAAAAGCAAAAACACAGGGUUGUUGUGGGGGAUUAAAUGAGGUGCGGGAGAGCCAUGUAUGCCACCUUGAGAUUCUAGGGGGGAAAGUUGGGAUAUAAAUGGACCACAAGCUUAACAUGAGUCAACGGUGUGAUGCAACAGCAAAAAAAAAGCUAACACUAUUCUAGGCUGCAUCAAUAGAAGUAUAGUGUCCAGAUCAAGGGAGGUAAUAGUACCACUCUAUUCUGCCUUGGUCAGACCACACCUGGAGUCCUGUGUCCAGUUCUGGUUGCCACAAUUUAAGAAGGAUGUUGACAAGCUGGAAGGUGUGCAGAGGAGGGCAAACAAGAUGAUCAGCGGUCUGGAAACUAAGCCUUAUGAGGAACACUUGAAGGAGCUGGGUAUGUUUAGCCAGGAAAAGAGGAGAUAUGAUAGCCAUCUUCAAAUAUCUUAAGGGCUGUCAUAUGGAAGAGGAAGUGUGCUUGUUUUCUCCUGCUCUUGAGGGUAGUACUCGAGGCAACUGCUUCAAGUUAAAAGAAAGGAGAUUCUGACUACACAUUCGGAAAAAAACUUUCUGACAGUAAGAGCUCUUUGGCAGUGGAACAGACUCCCACGAGAGGUGGUGAACUCUCCUUCCUUGGGGGUUUUUAAGCAGAGGUGGAUGGUCAUCUGUCAUGGAUGCUUUGGCUGACAUUCCUGCCUUGCAGGGGGUUGGACUAGAUGACCUUUGGGGGUCCCUUCCAACUCUACAGUUCUGUGAUUCUAUGAAAUGCAAUAAAUGAAUGAAUGAUAAAUAGUUCCAAGAUGGCAAUGGCAGACUGAAACAAAAUACCUCUCAGAUGCUAUAGAUUUCAGGUUACAGUCAUAGGAUUCUGAGAUAAAGAAGAAAUGGCUGCUCUACAUCUAUAAGAGUGUGUAACAUUUGCUUGUCACUCAGAUCUGUCCCACACAUUAAAGAAACACAAGGGCUCCUGGAUAGACAGAGAACAGAAAUAAAGAUUUCUGCUGCCUGCUGUGAAGCCACAAUCCUAUAUAUCCACGUACAUACCAGGGUAGGGAAAACCUGUUGCCCUCCAUGUGUUGCUGGACUCCAUCUCCCAUCAUGCCCAGUCAGCAUCACCAAUGGCUAAGAUUGAUGGGAGAUGCAGUCCAACAACAUCUGGCGGAACCAGACAUUCUUCAUCUCUGGGCCAUAAGAACCCAAUGUAUGUCAUACAGUGCCCUUCAAGGGAAAAGUGGGGUACACUGAAUUUUAGUGUGUAGUGCUCUAAAGAUCCUAGUUUCUUCUUCCCCAAAACCGAUAUUUUAAAUCUUUCCUCUAGUGCUGAGUAUCUGGAAUCCAUUUCAGGACCUCUCUGUGCCCCUUUUGUGACCAGCCUGGGGAAGCUUGAACUUGACCGUCUUGUUUCAAAUAGGCAGAAGAAACAAGCAAUUUUGCAAAAAGUGCAAGACUGCCUGGUAAGAAUAUGACACUAUUUUGUUUCGUUAAAAUGUGUAUGUCCCACUUUGGGGUCCGCACAGGCUCUCCAAGUCUUUUAUGGGCAACCCCAUACAAAAUAACAAUUUAAAAAACAUAAUAUAGUGGUACCUCAGGUUACAUACGCUUCAGGUUACAGACUCUGCUAACCCAGAAAUAGUGCUUCAGGUUAAGAACUUUGCCUCAGGAUGAGAACAGAAAUUGGGCUCCGGAGGCACGGCAGCAGCAGGAGGCCCCAUUAGCUAAAGUGGUGCUUCAGGUUAAGAACAGUUUCAGGUUAAGUACAGACCUCCGUAACAAAUUAAGUACUUAACCCGAGGUACCACUGUAUACAAAACAACCCAAACUAGCUCACUGAAGCAGCAGCAAGCCAAACAACAAAGAAAACCAGGAAGGAAGCUGGGGAAAAGGAACUCAACAUAAUACCCAGAGGAAAGAAACCCUUAGGUUUUCUUAACUGUUUUUAAUGGUUGUUUUCUCUGUGUUUUUAGCGGUUCUUCAGAACUCAUUCCAUCUUGUAGCUUGAUCACAAUUGCGCACACACACCCCAGCACUGGCUUCUUUAUUUCAGAACGGCUCGGCCAUAGAUGAAUAUGACAUUGACUUACUUGGAAAUCUCAUUUGCCAUCUACCCCCGGAGUUUAUUUGUGAAGGAAUCUCACGGGAAGCGAUGGCAACAGCCCUUCACCAGUUCGGACUAUGCCAUCAUCUCAGCGAUGAUCAGAAGACAGAAAUCAAGCGCAGACUUAUUGAAUUGCACGGGUAAGAGAAUAAUCUGGGAGGGUUUUGCUCUGAAUCUUCGUGUAAAGGUAAAGGGACCCCUGACCAUUAGGUCCAGUCGUGGCCGACUCUGGGGUUGCGGCGCUCAUCUCGCUUUAUUGGCCGAGGGAGCCGGUGUACAGCUUCCGGGUCAUGUGGCCAGCAUGACUAAGCCGCUUCUGGCGAACCAGAGCAGUGCACAGAAACACCGUUUACCUUCCCACCGUAGCGGUACCUAUUUAUCUACUUGCACUUUGACGUGCUUUCGAACUGCUAGGUUGGCAGGAGCAGGGACCGAGCAACGGGAGCUCACCCCAUCGCGGGAAUUCGAACCGCCGACCUUCUGAUUGGCAAGUCCUAGGCUCUGUGGUUUAACCCACAGCACCACCUGCGUCCCGAAUCUUCGUGUAGCAGCAUAUAAAUCAGUCUGACACUUUAAAAAAAUUAAUUCUGUUGUAUUCAUUUAACAACACACAGUAUAUAACCAUUAAUGACAAAGGACUUUCACCUUAAAGUUGAUCACUUUCUUCAAUCAGGACACAGGAGAAUCUCACAAUUUACAGUAGAGGCAUGCGGGGAAGUGGUGUCCAUAGAACACAUGUCUAAGUAAUAAUUUUAAAAGAUCUUAUGUAAAGAAAGCAACAAAAGGGCAUUUUUACAUAGCUAUUGGCUGUGUUCCAGCAUAUGGAUUUUAUUGGUACAUUUGCUACAUCAUUUAUUUCGGCAUUGUGGCACGCUCUGAGAUUUCUUUGUUCACAUCAUAUUCCAAAAUGUAUUUCCAAGUUCCCCAAGAAACUGGACAGCUGAAACCACGCGGGACGUUGGAUCAUUCAUAGCCCUUUUGCCAAAAGCUGAAUUAAACAUCCUCGUGGAAAAGGUACUGUCAGAAUUCUUGCUGGGGUGUGUUUGGAGUGCUUCUGUUCUCAAUUCCAGCUAGCCAGUGACGACCUUUUCCAGGAUAUGCCAUUCCAUUCCCCCUCCCCUCUACUUUUCAUCCCCUUCCCCAACAGGCAGUGUUCUAUAGCCACUGAGCAAGUUCUAUCCUCAAUGGGCUAUUUGAGUCCCACCCCCCCAUACUUCAGAAAACCUUGGAGUUUCACCCAAGGGUGCUACUUCCUUUGACAACACUUUGUCACACACCUGUGUUUCAGUUGUGCCAUUUUGGCUUCCGAAGGACCCACACUCAGAUGAGUUCACUUAAUAGUAUAUAUAGAGUCCUUGCAAGAUGCAACAUAGUGCAGAGAGAGCGGAUAGAGGUAUGUACUGUAUUUUUUGCUCUAUAAGACUCACUUUUUCCCUCCUAAAAAGUAAGGGGAAAUGUGUGUGCAUCUUAUGGAGCGAAUGCAGGCUGCGCAGCUAUCCCAGAAGCCAGAACAGCAAGAGGGAUUGCUGCUUUCACUGCACAGCAAUCCCUCUUGCUGUUCCAGCUUCUGAGAUUCAGAAAAAAAAAAUUCUUGUUUUCCUCCUCCAAAAACUAGGUGCGUCUUGUGGUCUGGUGCAUCUUAUAGAGCGAAAAAUACAGUAGUUCUCUCUCUCUCUCUCUCUCUCUCUCUCUCUCUCUCUCUCUCUCUCUUGAACUACAUUAGAACUUGUGGGAAAUGAGUGGGCAAUAGAUUUGGGAUUGACAGUAAGGAAUUGCUGCUUCCCAUAGCACAUCAUUUAUUUGUGGAAUUCACUGAAAUUGGAUGUCGUGAGGGCGGCUGACUUAGAUGGUUUUAAAAGGGGGUCAGACAAAUUCAUGGCUAUUAAUCAUGACAAGCUGGACCUGCAACAAAAUGUUGCAGCAUAUUGCUAUCUAGGGUGGCCUAAUGCAAAAGAAGACAGGGCUCCUUCACCUUUCAUAGUUGGCAGAAUGUGUCGUUUCGGCCAGUGCACCUUGCAUGAUAAUAAUAACCAUCUUUAGUUUGUCCCUCCCUCUCCUUAAAGUUUCCUGAUAUCAUCUCGGAAAUAGCAUCAAAGAUGACUGGGCCAGUUCUGCCAACUGAGGAGCUGCUUUUGGCUCAAUUUGAAUCUAUCCACAAUUCCAGCAUCCCAGGGACAACACCUGAUUUGACUUCUGGUAGGUAGAAUGCACUGCUGGCUUUGUAUAGCAGAAAAAAGUUGCUGCUGAGUUUGGCUUUGUUUGUCUGUUGUCUCAAAUGAAUAUUUAUACAGUGGUACCUUGGUUCUCAAACUUAAUCCAUUCCGGAAGUCCGUUCCAAAACCAAAGCGUUCCAAAACCAAGGCACACUUUCCCAUAGAAAGUAAUGCAAAAACAACCCUUAAAACAGCAUGGAUUUUACUAUCUAACAAGACAAUUGAUCAAUAAAAUGAAAGCAAUAAACAAUGUACUGCAUUCACACAAUCAACCAAUCAGUAGCUGAACUGGGUGCCACACAGUCACAAAAACAAAAAAAGAGCUGCACAAACAAAAACGCAAAAUAAAUAGCAAAAACAGACAGACCUCAGCGUAACAUUCAAAACAGAAGUGUGGCACUCAGAACAGAAGCAUAACACUCAAAAUGGAGCACGUUCGGCUUCCGAGAAAAGUUCACAAACUGGAACACUUACUUCCGGGUUUGCAGUGUUUGGGUUCCAAGUUGUUUGAGUACCAAGGUGUUUGAGAACCAAGGUACCACUGUACUAGGUUUCGUAAAGAAAAACAGAAAGCAAGGAGAAGUAGCUCACCAGGUGGGGGGGAGCUGCAGUAUUAGCCUCCCAGCAGGUGGGGCGCUGUUGCUUACAGAGAGGGGUGAGACAGCAGGCAGGUCAGUGAGAAACCAACACUGAUAAAUUUGUCCAUCCUUGCCUCUUCAUGCUUAUUGUUUACAUCAGAGGAUGUGGAGUAUCCCCCCUUUUGCUUCUAAAAAUGUGAAGCUAUUCCCGUUUGACAGAUGAUGAAUGGAUUUUUGCUAGUACGACAUCAGAUUUACUGUUUGUUUAUUAUUGACCCUCCCUCCGUUGGCCCAGCAGACACAAUCUUGUUGGAAUGUUUUGCUGGCUUCUGUAGUUCUGUUUGAUUGAAGCAAAUCCUUCCUUUCGCUUCCGUUCCAAGUACAAAUCUCUUUGGUACAUCCUUGCUGUAAUUUGCUUAGUGGGGGAAAACUCGGCUCCUAAUCAGCAUCUGUGAUGUUCUACUUUAUUACAGGAGAUAGCCCAAUGCAAAGUUGCUUCCUUUUUUUAGUUAAAAUUGCAAAGCCACACUUUUCUAAGGGCUCGGACAGAUGUUAACCGAUUUUUUUUUUAAGAUGUUGGCUGAUGCAUCCCAGUAAGUGCUAGUGCUUGGAAGCUUUUUAAGUUCAAGGGCCACAUUCCCUUAAGGGCAAGCUUCUGGGGGCCAUAUACAAGUGGUGGGUGAGACCAGAGGCAAAAGUGAGUGGAGAAAGGAAUGCAAAUUUUACCUUUUUACAGUAGCCCAGUUUUUACACACACACACACACACACACACACACACACACACACACACACACACACACACACUUCUUUAUCUUCCAUGCAUGCAAGCAUUAUCAGAGUAUAAGGACACGUUUCCAGCCAGGCAAAAAUGUUGAAGUACAUUACAAAGCUGGACCACCGAAGGGUGUGGCUUGGAGAGAGGGUGUAUUGCAGUUAUUAUUAUUUCACUUUUGGAAGCAUUAGGAUAAAUGAAAACUGACUCUCCUUGAAAUAAAAAUUCUCCAGUCUAAAAAUAUGGUUCAAAAGCUAACAGAACUUGUUCCAAAACAGACACUCAAAACAACGUUACAUCCAAAUAGUUUCAUCAUAUCAUGUGCUUGUCCAAGCACAGGUACAGCGUCUUAGAAAUAUGAAAUUACUUCAUCCAGAACUGAAAAACCAAAGCUCUGUCCCUCUGCACACAGCCGGCAUUCCAGCCUAAGGCUGUGUUCCUGGAGAGGGAGUCAUUAGCACAGAACAAAGACUGACUUUAGAUCAGAUGAGAAAGAUAUUCAGUUGCAAAUCUCCAUUUCGUGUGAGUUGAACACCUCACACAGAGGAGCAGAGAUAGGUACAUUCUUAGUUAAUUAUCAAUUGUAAGGGUCUCUGCUGCCCUUGCUUAGCUUCAAUCACUCGUGCCACCUUGCCCCUGUGGUUGAGGGGGCAGGGUUGAGCCGCAUCAGCAUGCCAUGUGUGCACACACCCCAAGCAUGUAUGCAUGACGUCAGCACACCCUGCAGUGCGCUCGCAUACCCCAUGGCGUGCUGAUGUCCCUUGCACAUGACACAGUGUCACUUGUGCACAGCCACCACAGAACUUUGAGGGGGCCCAGCCCCUUAUUGAAAUUUUUCAGGGGGGCUGGCCCCCUAGCUCCCCUCCUACUUGGCACGCCUGGCUUCAAUGGACUUUUACAAUGUUACACCUUGUGCAAUACACAUACAAAGUUAUUUUCCAUUUCAAUGUACAAUUAUACUUAAUGGUUUGUUCUGGGGAGAAUCCCAAGGGCCAGGUAGGGAAGCCUGGAGGGCCAAAUUUCCCCCUAGGCCAGAGGUCUCCCAUUCCUGGCCUAAGCUAUCUCAGCCUAACUUAUUCAAUAUAGGCAAUAGCUGAAAUCCAAAUGCGCUUGGGAUAUCCAAGGCAAAAACUCUUGCACAUGGAGCCCUGUAACAGGAAGUUUAAGGUGAUGAGCCCCUCUCCCCCCCUAGAGAAAUAGAAGUGUCAAAUGAAACAUCUGCACUAGGGUAGUAACCUGCCUUGUAAUGGAAUUUGUUGCUGUCCCCCACCCUGCCCAACAUGGCAGUAAUCUUGCAAAAGAUUAGCAUUACGAUCUAAUUACCUCUUAGCAUUACAGUCAAUGAGUUUGUGUCGGUGAUUAACCUCUCUGCGAAUAUAUCUUCUUCUGUACCAGAUUGCGCAGACGUCAUGGCACCUUCUUCAGAGGAGAUUAUGAAAUUAUCAGAAGCCAACAUGUUCUGGUCAGCUCAAGAGCUGGCCUGCAUGGAUCCGGGCACUUUUGCCAAGACUGUGGAAUUCCUUGGCUCUGUGGUCCAUUUUGAUACCUCUCAGCUUGCUGCGCUGAAAGAGAAAGCUAAGGAGGUAGCUAUGAAGCGUUGUUGUUUUUUUACCAAACUUCCUUAGAUGUGCAUUUACUUGAGCUUGAGGGUGGUUAGUGGGGUCAAGUGAUUCCCGCUUUGAGCAGCAGAUGUAUCAUAAAAUACUGUUAUAUAAAAUACCCCCAAUCUCUGCUGAGCAGCAGCAAGAUUCCACGGGGGUUCCUGGCGCUAACCCAGGGUUGUGUUUCCGUUGGAGAAAUCGAGGCACACCAGAAUCUAGUGUCUUUAGGAAAUAUGAUUUAUUGGGCACAUAUUUACGCCUAAAGCUUUCAAUGGAGGGAUGGUGCAAUGGCACAUCGGCCCUCUCUCUCCCUAACACCGCUGCGCCAGGCCUCAGUUUCCCUUUCUCUUAGGUGAAAUCCCCAGUGGAGAAUGAAUCACGAGCGACAGUGGGUUUUUCUUUUGGGAAAACAGGUUGCAAACAAACUUUAUUAUAACAGAUGUAAGGAAGGAGUUUUGGUUCUUCUUCUUCCACAGAAAUGUAACAAGCAGUGCUGUUGCUUUUUCUUAAAACGUAUACAGUGGUACCUCAGGUUAAGUACUUAAUUCGUUCUGGAGGUCUUUUCUUAACCUGAAACUGUUCUUAACCUGACGCACCACUUUAGCUGAUGGGGCCUCCUGCUGCCGCUGCGCUGCCACUGCACGAUUUCUGUUCUCAUCCUGAAGCAAAGUUCUUAACCCGAGGUAAUAUUUCUGGGUUAGCGGAGUCUGUAACCUGAAGCGUAUGUAACCUGAGGCACCACUGUACUGUCUCAAGUUAUAGGCUGUAUGCUGUUCAGGCUUAAGGUUACUUACUUUUACACAUCUUCCAUAGAUCAGACUUCUCCACACACACUUCAGGAACUUAGGUUUUUAACUGGCCUGUUCCCCUCACAGACCCCCAAACCCUCCUUGGCCUCAAAAUCACUACUGCCUUUUUUUGUCAGAGUAUUCCCUCUGAGGAUCCUUUUUCCUGUGAACAUCAUGUGGGACUGUGUCUUGUCUAUUUUUAACAGUAUUUUGCAAUUCAGAACCUUAGAGCAUAUACUGAGAGUUCUCGGCUCUCCUCAGCUCUACCACCUGUCAGAACAAACCCUCCUGACAGAAUCCCCCUCACAGACCCCAUGAAUCUCUCCCACAGUCUCUCACUCCCCUCCAAGAUUCAUGGGGUCCAUAGCAGCAGCCAGCCAUUGCUCCCAGUCUCUCGGUGAAUCCUCCUCCAGCCAGUGCCAAGAUGGUUCUGCCUUCCUCCUUCUUGUUCCCAGAACACCUUUAAAUUUCAAAAAGGACAAAUUUUUCUGUGACAUCACAUCACCCCAUCACCUUGGCAGCCUCCCAAACCUCCUGUUUCUGUCCACUUCUCGCAACAGGCGGGGAAUGAUAGCUAUUGCUCUUAAUGGCUCCCCAUUGAUCCUUAAUUGUUCUGAACUUAGCUAGCCUGGCCAGGAAUUUCUUGUCUGUCCCAGUUCUGCUGCAUGUAUUGUCCCUUCAUAUCCCAAAUAUUAUCUGAAUACUACCAUUUAUUCAUUUCUGCCAUUCCCUAACAGACUCUGGUAUCCUAGAUCUAUGGCAAUAGGUUGAAUGUCGACUUAAGGCCAAACUAAGGCUGGAUAUACACCCAGGGGGAAAAGCACACUAUAAAUAAGUCAUAAAUUAAAUCGUUAUAACAAAAGAAAAAGAAAAACUCUAUGUAAAAUCGUAUAGACAAAGUUUUGUGCUCUACAGCGCCAUCUGGUGUUGCAUGUUUAUAACACAGUUAUAGCAUAACAUGAAUAAUGUAGCUGAGUCCUAGAUGGGGAAGGGCUGUAGCUCAGUGGUAGAACAUCUGCCUUGCAUGCAGAAGGUCAUAAGUUCAAUCCCCGGCAUCUCCAACAGUUUUUAAAAUAUUUGUUUCAAAACAGAUUACACUCCCAUGUGAAUUUGGAGUUGCAUGUGUAGGAGAAAUUUGCACUAAAAUGCUGGUGACUUUUCAUGAGGAUUUUAAAAGAUCACAAAUUAACAUGGAAAUGUGGAGAGCUGGAUUUAAGGUUGGAAAGAUGAGAAACUGAGAGAAACCAACACUGACAUAUUCACCCAUCUCUAACUGGCAGUGUGAAGGUCCUAGAUGGGGUGUCCUAAUCUUCCUCCUCCGAGGAAACCACAGAUUCCCAGGGCUGCACAGUGCUUACAAUCUGACAGUUUCCGCUCCCACCCCAAUGAAAGAAAAGAAAAAAGCCAGUGGCUGCCACAAUUUACAUGCGGGGAGGAACACUGCAACCAUAGAACAAGCCAAAGCCACUUCAAUCUUAACAGCAAGAUUGAUCCGAUGAUUUGCUGUCAUGAGUCAAAAGCUGCUUGCUGAGUUUUUUUUGAAAAAAAUUCCUUAGAGGGAGAUCUCUCCAGCCCAUAGAAAUUACCAUCAAGAUUAGCAUGCGCCAGCUGUGCUCAGCUGGAAGAUACGUGCUUACUUCUGUAAUGUACUAAACCAUGCAUAAUCCUUCAGGCAGCAGGUAUUUUUAGCAAAACUACAUUGUUAAGCUCAAACCAAAAGACAGCCAUAGCUCUGAAAUAAUUUUUGCAGGAGAACUUGUUUUGUGUUUUUAGUCUUAUUAUUACAGUUUUUUAAAAAUAUAUAUAAUACAAAAACAAUUAUACACGCACACCUCCCCAAAUAUCAAAUAAAAGUAAGGGGCAUGUGUGCAUAAUUGACAUGUUAAAUUCUUAGCAGUUUUCAUCAGGUAUUUCAAAAGAUGUAGAUUUCUUGUUAUAUUCUUAGAAUAAAUUCCAUUCAUGUUCCAUAUGUCAACCCAGCAAAUAGGAGUAACCAUUGUUUUUAUUUUAUUUUAUUUUUAUAAAAACUAAUGUUACUUGUUUUACCCCUUAUGUGUGGCUGUGAUCUUUGUUUACUUUAUGCCGUAUUAUUGAUUUUAAAUGAUAAUUUGUUUUUAAAAAGUUAUCUUUUAAAAAAGUGAGGUGUCACACCUUCUGCCCUGGGAGAAUUCCUGGCUAACCCCAAUAUAUUGUUGUUGUUGUUUUAAAGUCUUGGGGGCCCCUGACAAGCUGGAAGAACUACCACAUAGUUUCCCUUGGGCACAUUGCUGCAGUGCUAAAUGAGACUGAAAUUGGAAUGCUGGAUUUGGGUUCUAUUGAUACCGUUGUGGCACUCAGCCAGCAAACAGAAUGGAGCCCUACGCAGGUGAGUGUGUCCAAUUGGUGAAUGCACUGUAGGGUGGUUGCCAUCAGUGAUGGAUUUAUGUGUAAGCUAAACAAGCUAUAGCAGGGGUCAGCAAACCUUUUCAGCAGGGGGCCGGUCUACUGUCCCUCAGACCUUGUGGGGGGCCGGACUAUAUUUUGAAGGGAAAAAAAAUAUGAACGAAUUCCUAUGCCCCACAAAUAACCCAGAGAUGCAUUUUAAAUAAAAGUACACAUUCUACUCUUGUAAAAACACCAGGCAGGCCCCACAAAUAACCCAGAGAUGCAUUUUAAAUAAAAGGACACAUUCUACUCAUGUAAAAACAUGCUGAUUCCUGGACCACGGGCCGGAUUUAGAAGGUGAUGGGCCGGAUCUGGACCCGGGCCUUAGUUUGCCUACCCAUGAGCUAUAGCUUAGGGCCCCACUCUCUUGGGGGGCCCCCAAAAAAUUUAAAGGGAAAAAAACCCUGGAUGUACAUUUCCAAAAUAUAAGAUAAAAAAAAAAAAACCCUACCUACAGCAACAGUGUUUUGUUUUGUGUAGGCUCCUAUGAUGCAAGUAAUGGGCCCCGCCUGCUAGCCUGCUCCCUAAAAUAUCACUGGUUUACUCAUUUAUGUAUAUAGGGUGCCUACAUUCUGCAUGGACUGGUUGCAUGGCAAUAUGUGCAAAUGGCUUUAGAUACCUAUUAGGUCCAUAAAUUACCACAGGACAAAUAUUCAACACAAAAAACAGUGACGAUUUGUUUUUGACAAAGGACAGCUGGACAUAUAACGGGCCCCAUUACCUUCAGUACAGUAGCUUAGGGCCUCAUUAAACCUCAAUCUGGCCCUGGUUGCCAUGUAGAAAAACUGGCAGCAGAUUGGGAACGUGCAGGGGUGGGUUGGCUUCUCCUUUGCUGAGCCAGAGAUGUUAGCACAUUCCUAGCUAGUGGCUCUUCCCACUCUACAGCAGCUCCAUGUGGCAGAAAGGGCUGGGAAGGGCGACAUUGCAAAAUCCCCCACCGCAUCCCAAAGGUUCCAGCUUCUAGAUCACUUGUUUCAUUUUAUUGCUUUGAUUUAAGAAAGUGUAUAUACCACAUAAAACAACAGAAACUCCCCAAGCAGUUUAUAAAGAACAGUGUACAAAAGUGAAUUCCCCCAAGUGUCAGAAAAGGUUAUUUAUGUGUGAAACAACUGUGGCCCGUGUUUUGUUAGUCCCAAAAUGGAAACUGAGCGAGGUCCCAACCAAAGAAGAAUGGCAACUUAAGUUGACAGAAUAUGCACAACUUGCAGGCUUCACAUAUAGAAUAAGAGAACGAGAAGAACAUACGUUUAGAGAGGGUUGCAAAAUGUUUAUUGAAUAUAUGGAAAAUAGUUGUGUACAGCUGUAAACUCUGGCAGCGUUAAGAUAAAUUCAACAGUGUGAAUAUGUUUUGAUGGAUGUAAUAAUGGAAAACUGAUUGGUAUAGUUUUUGUAAAAUAUGCAGGGAUAUAAGAUAUGUAAAGUGAGCCAUGGAAAGAGAAGAAGGGAAGUCAUUGAUAUCUUAAGUAUGUAAAAUGUUUAUUUGAAAUUGAAAAACAAGCUUACAUUUGAAAUCUAUCAAAAUUUAAAUAAAACCAGCCAUUUUAGAAAUAGUAACACAUAAUAAAACAGCAUAAUAGAAUGCAUGUUAAAAUUUCGUGCCUAGGUAGGCAUUUAAAUGGGCACCGAAAAUGAUACAAUGAAGGCGCCUUAUGCAUAUAAAUGGGCAAGAAGUUCCACUGUGUAGAUUCUGCUGCAUCGAAGGAUUGAUUCCUUGCAAGUUCGGAAUGACCAUUAUGUGAAACUUGUAAAAGUGCCAGUUCCGCAGAUCAAAGGGGUCAAGAAACUAUAUAUUUGGUAAGGCAAUCCUUCAAGUAAAGUGGUCCCAGACCUCUGGGACUAGCUUAAAAAGAUCCUUUAAGUAAACUGCUUCUUUGCCACGGUGACAUCCUAUAAUUUGAUUCAUGGACAAUAUUUGACUAGAACAUGCAUUGUCAGUUAAAAGAAGUUCUUUUUCACUUUCAAUGUAAAGCCACUUUUAUCAUUAUUUUGUGUGCAAGCAUCCUGAUUCCAUGAUAAUCAGUUGCAUUAUAGCUUCCUGGAGUGCAGAGUCUUGUUACCUUCUAAUUUAACUGAGUUAGAUCUUCGUUGUGUUUGUUUUUCAGGCCAGGUUGAUUUUACAGGGCUUUCUGGAAGACUCAGGUCAAGGAAUGGACACCCUGAAAAGCUUUGAUUUGGCUGGACUAGGCCAUAAUCUUUGUGCUCUGAACUCCACAGAGAUUGAAUCUAUAAAUGCAGUUGAGUUCAGGUACAGCACCACAAUUCUUCCAUUAACAAUGCACUUACGAAAGAUAAAUUAGAAAAAAGUUAAUGUUGCAUGGCUUUUAUUGUGAUCUCUGAUUUUAUUUUGCAUGUUGAGCUAAUUUUUUAAAAAAGUUGCUUAGAGACUCUUCAUGUAGCAAGCAACUAAUAAACUGAAUAAAUAAAUAAUAAUAUUAACAGUAAAAGCCAUAAACUUUUUUUGAGAAAUGUUCCUUACCAAUAAAUAAAUAAAUAAAUAAAUAACCCCCAGGCUUACAAUAAAGAGUACUAAAACAGAAUACAGUUAAAACCAAUGUGUGAAAUACUAAUAGUAUUAGCAACAGUAGUAAAAGCAUAUUAGCUCGAAAGCUAGCAGCUCCGAGGGCCUUCUGGUGGUUCCCUCACUGUGAGAAGUGAGGUUACAGGGAACCAGGCAGAGGGUCUUCUCGGUAGUGGCGCCUGACCUGUGGAACGCCCUCCCAUCAGAUGGCAAGGAAAUAAACAACUAUCUGACUUUUAGAAGACAUCUGAAAGCAGCCCUGUUUAGGGAAGUUUUUAAUGUUUGAUCGUGUUUUGAAUAUUCUGUUGGGAGCUGCCCAGAGUGGCUGGGGAAACCCAGCCAGAUGAGCAGGGUAUGUAUGUAUGUAUGUAUGUAUGAAUAAAUAAAUCAAUCAUCAUUAAGAAUCCCUGACAAUUAAACAUUAAAAGCCUGCUGAGACUAAAAGGUCUUGGGACUACUAGAAAUACGUAUGUUGUGUGCACCCUGAAGUUCAGGAGAGGACCUCUUCACGCAACAGAGAACUGAAUUAUGGAAUUCGCUCCAACAACAAGCAGUGAUGGCCACCAACUUGGAUAACUUUAAAAGAUGAUUUGACAAAUCCAUGGAGGACAAGGCUAACAGCCAUGUUGUGUAUUGUUCUACCUCUAUUGUCGCAGGCAGUCUGCCUCGCAUUGCCAGUUUCUGCAAAUCACAAGCGAGGGAGAGGACUGUGGCACUCAAGUCUUGCUUAUGAGCUUCCCACUCAGGCAUCUGACUGACCUCCGUGAGAGCAGGGAUGCUGGACUAGAUGGGCCAUUGGCCUGACCCAACAGGGCUAGGGUUGCCAGACCUCCAGUCUCGACUGAAGUCUCCAGGUUUGGCUGGUCCCCUCCAAGUGAUGGAUGGGGAGCUUGAAUCUACAGGUGGGCAAGAUUCCCUUCGAAGCUUCAGCCCAGCAGGGGCUGGCUGCAAAUGAUAGCAUAGGUACACUUUGGGGUGUCUGCCUUCCUCUGUUCCCUUCUCUCAAUUAACCUCCAUCUCAUGGGAUUGCCAUAUGACGUCACCGAGGAAUGCCUUCAUGACAUCAUCACCAGGGACCACCCCAAAGUCCCAGGUUUGGGCCCUGCAAUCUCAGGGUCUGCGAUGCUCCUGACCUGAGAACCCUAAGCAGGGCUUUUCUUAUGUUAAGCUAUGAAUCAUGAACUAGUGCCCAGUGCUAGCCCACUCAAAAAGAAAGAAAGUGCAAAUGAUUGCCUUGAUCAACAUAUUAAAUAUUAUUUGCUAUCUCAUCUUUUUUCAUUUGAUAUGCAGCUCAUGCACAGAGCAGCUUCACACAUGGCUUCUUCCGCCGCCCCACGAGUGUCAAAAUUUUCAGGUGAUAAUUGCACAUGUAUAUAUGGAAGCCGUGGGAAGCAGCAAAAUAGAUACUCAUCGUGCAAACGAACGUGAUAUUAUUAUGAUUCCUUACAGCUGUCUAGGAAGAAUCUCAUGCAUAAAGCGCCACUAAGUCUACUUUAAUAUUCAGGCUUUUCCAACUGUGUAAAAUUACAGUCCCCUUUUUGCCCUUUCUGCAGUGCUGUUGUUUCAAGAAUUGGCUCUCUGCCAUGCAGCGCAAACGUUCUGAAAGAGUUUAAGAAGAAGGCAGAGUCUGUGUUUGGAAUUGCUACAGGGUGGGACAGAUCUAUCCUGCAGGAGAUUGGCAACAUUGCAGGUAAGGAGGCUCGCAUCCGUAUCAAGGAUGUUCUGAGCGAUGUGGUCCACCUUGUACCCUGUAUUUCUGAAUCAGAAGAUGGAAGGGGAAAUAGGGAAAAGAUGAACCCUGUAUCUGCUCACCAUUAACCUUAGAUCCAAUAUUGGUGGGAUGUUGUGGUGGCCUACAAGGUAACCAAGUUAGGAGCAAUUAACCCCAUUGAAAUAAAAGAGUUUUAAAGUGCAAUCCUAUGCAUGUCUGCUUGAAAUAUGUUCCAUUGUGUUCAAUGGGACAUGUGUCAGGGUGAGUAUGGGAUGUAUCCAACUAAGUUUACUCAGCUGGGAUAGCUCAGUCUGUAGAGCAUGAGACUCUUAAUCUCAAGGUCAUGGGUUUGAGCCCAACGUUGGGCAAAAUAUUCCUGCAUUGCAGGGGGUUGGACUAGAUGACCCCCGUUGUCCCUUUGAACUCCACAAAUUCUAUUAUUCUGAGUAGACCCACCGAAAUGAAUGAACCUAACUUAGUCACAUAUAUUAAUUUCAGUGUGUCUGCUCUCAGUUGGACUGCUGUUGGAUACAACCCUAUGGGUUGUGUCAUUCCUUCUGAAUAGACCCAUUGAAAUGAAUGAGCAGGACUCACUCGUGUUCAUUAACUUCAGUAGGCCUACUCUGAGAAUGGCUAACUGGCAACUAUGCUAUGGCGGAUUGUGCAAUGUUGGCUUAUAAUAUGUGUGGCACAGCUUAUUUAUAUGUUUGUUAUAUGGAUGUUUUGGGAGAUGGGAAAGAACACAAGCAGAAAUGGCAACUUUUGCCCUUAAAACAGAAACAAAAGGAAAAAGAAAAUUGGAUUAAUAAGGUGCACUUUUACAAGAGCUGCACAUCAAACUUUUCAUUUAACUGCAGAGAAGCGCCUUGUUUUCUUAAAGGCCUGAUUUCCCAGAGGUGUCUGAAAACAUUUUAGAAUCAAAUAUUGAUCAGCUAAAGCAUACAGAGGCUCUGAAAUGUAUGUUUGCCCCAAAUUCAGCCUAAUCCACCGUGGUGUGAACUAAGUAAGCUGCAUUCUGAUCUCUUUUUCUCACUCUCUCAAUCUUUUCCUCUCUCUCUAGCUGGCUUAAAUGGGGAAGAAUUAAAAGCUCUUGAUAAAGAAUUGAUGCCCUAUUUCCACCCAACAGCAAUAAAAUAUAUCCCUGAUGAAAUCUUCAAAGUAAGUGUUGUGGAUGUUUUGAUUCUUUCCCCCAUUACGUCUGCUUUGUUAUAAACGGUGACGUGAAUGCGUAUCUUCAUUCGGAGAACACUUUGAAGGGCUUCUUCUUAAGUCUCUAGAAAUAUUAAAGUAGGGUGUAGUGGCAGGGGUGGGGAAGCUUUGGCCCUCCAGAUGCUGCUGCACUACAACUCCCAUCACCCCUGGGUAUUGGCCAUGCUUGCUGGGGCUGAUGGGAGUUGUAGUCCAACAACACCGGGGGGGGGGGAGGUUCCAUACACCUGGUUAGAGUUUCAGGAGACUAGGGUCCAAAUCCCCAUUUUGCCACGAAGCUUACUGUGCGACCUUGGGCCAAUUAUUACCUCUUAGCCCAACCUACCUGACAGUAAAAGGGCAGCGUAAACAAAUAGUCAAUAGUAAGUAACAAUGGUCAUGUUCCAGCAAAGCUGAUAUCUCUCUAUAUAAUUGCAUUUACUCCGUGAUGAAGCUAAGAACAUAAAAUAGUUCCCCUGUGGUUUGCAGCAUAUAGCUUGUGCAUGCUGGAUUUUUUAAGUCCAGUGAAUGAUAGCAAUGUGUUAUGUACAUAACAUGAAGUAGACAUUGAGGAGAUUUUCAUUUACUCUGGGUUUUAAAAGCGAACCCAAUGUAAUUUGCAAUUCCUGGACUUAUACACAGGUCAGAAAGUGGUUAAGCAGGAUCCACAGGCAAGUCGCAAGGCCAUCCCAGGUGGGUCACAGCAAAGCUGUUGCCACCAUAUUGGUCUCUAGCUAAGGCUCAUCAGACCACUGAUAGUCCAUUAAUCCUGUCAUUGGGGUUCCAUAUAUGUAGCAGAGCUAUUUCACUAAACUUUGGCGUCACCCCCUCUCCACCAUGUUGCUUGUUGAUUUUUUAACCAAAGGGAAAUAGCUUUGUGAUGCAACCUCUACUGCAAGGGUUGUUGUUUGAAAGUCCAAAAAAAGCUCCUUUCCUCUUGAUGAAAGUCAAUAUCUGGGCUCUCUCAUCCUUUUUAUUUUUGCAAACUCUAAAUGGGGAAAGAGAAUUUUUUUGAAAGAUGAAGAAUGUUCUACAAAAUCAAGGAGAACUCAGAGGUGCUAUUAUAGGUGUCAGUUGCACAAAUUGCCAUCUUUGUUCUACGUGGAAAGAUAAUUACUGUGCAAUUAUAACAGUAGCCAGUUUUCAAAGAAGGCUUAAUAAUAUGGCCUCACUCGACAGAUUAUUUUGCACCUGAAGAAAAGAUCCGACAGCCGAGGCAGUCGAUGACAUCUCUUCGGUUUUGUGGAUCACAUUGAUUGCAUCAUUGUUUUUCCAGUGUAACAUUUUGCAAGCACAAAUGAAGACAGACGGUUGACUCCGAAGCUGCUGAUGUGAAACGAUGGAGCAGAAACCGCUAGGAGGAUAAAUUGUCAUAUAUGGGAGAUUGCUUGGUGCAGGUGUAUUGUCUUCUCCAGCUCCUGCAUCUGGUUUCCCAUCACACACCAGCAAGAUACACAACCUUCUAUUUUGUAUAGAUGAAAAUACAGAUACUCCUGGAUUCUUGUGAUCAUACACACGAUAGAUAACUAGAUAGAUAGAUAGAUAGAUAGAUAGAUAGAUGAUAGAUAGAUGAUAGAUAGAUAGAUAGAUAGAUAGAUAGAUAGGAAGGAUUUUCAGGAAUAAUUAAAUACAUAAGCAGAGGAUGUUAUCUGUUCAAUAAAGUAUGUUGAUAUAACUGCAUUACACUGUUAUAUUUCCCCUACUCAGCAAACAAACAUACACAGAACCACUAACAACUUAACUAAAUGAAACAACCUAAAUCCCCCCAAUGUUAGUCAUGUCCAUUUAUUUCAAUGGGUCUACUCUGAGUAGGGCUAAUACUGGUUGCAACUCUUCCUCCAAGUUGUUCAAGGUAGUAUACCAGCUUCACCCCCUCUCCAUUUCAUCUAGAUCAGCACAUGAACUGCUACCCCACACUGGCUCCUAUGUGCUGUACUGUAUACUGAAUGCAUUUACCCUGCAAUGCCCUGUGUGCUGCUCACUUUUCAAUCACCUGAUACUCCUGUACAGGAAAAUCCUUCACGAGUGCUGAUGUGGCGUAGUGGUCAGAGUGCUAGACUAGGACCUGGCAGACCAGGGUUCAAAUCCCCACUCAGCCAUGAAGCUCACUGUGUGACCUCAGGCCAGUCACUGCCUCUCAGCCUAACCUCCCUCACAGGGUUGUUGUGGGGGGUUAAAUGAGGAGGGGGAGAACCAUGCACACUAGCUCCUUGGAGAGCAAGGUUGAGAUAGAAACACAAUAAAUAAACAGCAUGAAAAUCUGGUUUUGCUUUGUCCAGGAGCUGUCCCCAGAUCAAAUAGCAAACCUUGGUCCUGAAAAUGCUGCCGUGGUGACAGAGUUGCAGCGUCAGCACCUCAAUGGAUUGCAGCUUCAGAGUCUUCGGCUGGCGAUGGAUGGAGCCAGAACAAGCAUCCAGGAGCUUCCGCUCCAUGAGAGCACGGUCAGACCGACAUACACAUCAGUUCAGAACAGUGAGUUAAAAAUAAUAACAACUUUCAGGCCAUAUUCAUAUUGUUGCAUGGAGGGGUUCCAGCACUAUGUUUGGUGUCCUUGGAAUGAAGGUCAGUGGAGACGGUGUUGUCUUUAGGAUAUAUGGGUUUCUUUACACAAAUAUGCAACCUGAGCAUAGGAUGGAGGGGCUCACAGCAUUAGUACUCCAGGAGGCUUCACUUCCCCUUUAGGUUCCCAGCAAGAUCAUCAAGCCAUAGCUUAAGGUCCAUCACAGAGCAAGACAAACCUCUGUGUCCCUAGCUUCCAGCAGUAGCCAAAUCUCACACACAAAAAUUCCUGCUCGCUCUAUUGUUCUUCAUCCUAGAAUGACAUGUCAUCCAGCCAGGUGAGGUGGGAAAAGGCCCACACGUUCGUCUUUAUGGCAGCAGGACGACCUCUUUGGACAUGUAAAUGGAAGUACUUAACUGGACAGCUAAGGCUAUGGCUUCCAACUCACUGGAUGCAGAAUCACAGGCCCAGAAGGGACCCACAGGUGUCACCCAGACUGAAGCCCCACAAAAAGCCCUAUAACAUUAAGUUACAUCCUUGGUCCGGUAACAUCUACUUUCUUAGACACUAUGAGAAGGAGCAGGCCAAAGGCCCAUCUAGUCUAGCAUUCUGUUUCCAACCAGUACCAGACCACAGAAGAACAGGCAAACUGCAGGAAUUUCUGUUUUCUUUUCUGUUUUUGUCUGAAUUCUCUGACAUUCAUAGCACAGAGUUCUGCUCAAGGUAUCUGGAAAAAACACAACGCUCCACAUAAACACAAUAGGAUGCUUUCCUUUCUGUAGUAUCAUGUAGCCCGCUCUAUACAGCACCAGAGUGCUAUCCUCUCCUUGUUGCAUGCAUCUCAUUAUGUAGGACCCAUAUGGUAGCAACACCCUUUAAUUAACACAAUGGCAGCUGUAGCUUACCACCAGAAAGCAAAAUUCCAGUAAGAACAAUUGCUGGAUGAUAAUUCCUUUGGUGGAGACCAUGGUUUCUUAGCCCUACGUAACUUAGCAUACCAAUUUCUUCUUCUUCUAUUUUAAAACAUUGCCCCCUUCCUAAAAAGUGUAAAACAUAAUGGUAUGAAACAGAUUGCAGUUUAAUAAGUGAUGUUUCUUUUGAUUAUGAAAGUUACAGGGAACCAGGCAGAGGGCCUUCUCAGUAGUGGCGCCCACCCUGUGGAAUGCCCACCCUCCCAUCAGAUGUCAAGGAUUUAAACCUUUAGAAGACAUCUGAAGGCAGCCCUGCACAGGGAAGCUUUUAAUGUUUGGUGUUUUAUUGGAAGCUGCCCAGAGUGACUGGGGCAACCCACUCAGAUGGGUGGGGUACAAAUAAUAAAAUUAUCAUCACCACCAUGGCAAAAGCAAUCAAGGAUGGAGGAGCUGUGCAGCCAGGAUGGCUGAGCAGUUUAAAGCACUGCAUACAGGUCACAGUCUCCCCUGGAGGAAGAGGUUUGAAUCCCACAUCUGGCCAGGCUACAUUUUGGGGAAGGGCCAUAGCUCAGUGGCUGAACACCUACUUUGCAUGCAGAAGGUCACAGAUUAAAUCCCUGGCACUCCUUUGUGAAACCCUGGAGAUCCACUGCCAGUCAGAAAAGACAGUAGUGGUCUGGAUGCAACCAUGGUCCUCAUUGGAAAGGCCCUGGCUCACUGGUAGAAGAUCUGCCGUGCAUGCAGAAAUCCCUAGCAUUUCCAGAUAGGGUUGGGAGAAGCUCCUGUCUGAAACCGUGGAGAGUCUCUGCCCGCCAGAGUAGACAGCAAUGAGCUACGGUAUAUUGACCAAUGGUCUGACUCAGUAUAAGCCAACUUCCUAUUGCUACAAAAGUUGGGUGCCACCUCCACUCUCUACUGAGUGGUAGCAAAAUUCCAGGUUGUUCCAGGUGCUCACCCAAGGCCUGUGCUUCUUUGGAGAAUUGAAGACCAGGGCGGAGACUGUUGUAUUUUUAUGAUUUAUUCAGAUAUUUACACCUGGGUUUGGAUGAAGGGAGUCCAGCUCUUACAGCAUGGUCAUCUCAUGUUCCCAACAACAGUGCAACACUGGAGUCAAAGGCAUCUCUCCCAGCCUGUCUUUAGCCAGCAUCCCCAAGAUGAAUCUCUGUCUUUGUUCUCUCCCUCCUUCUUCCCAGCACACCUUGCAAAAGACAUGGUCACCUCUGUCUGUCUGUCUCUCUCUCUCUCUCUCUCUCUCUCUCUCUCUCCCACACACCCACUCACUUUGGCAACCUCUGUCUGCCCGGACCCAAGAUUCCUCUUACAUGGGCCACCAACACCUUUUGUCAAUUUAACAUCUCUAUCCUGGCUUGGAAAGGAAGCUUAGCCUGUAUUUUUCCACUGGCCAGCAAUUUGCCCUUUAAUACACCAAAAAAUCAAAAUCCUACCAUUUAUUAAUUUCUGAUGUCUAGGGCCCCCCAACCUCACAACACUAUGUUCCUAUGUUAACUCGGUAUAAAGCAGCUUCCCAGUUAUGGGAUCCGUAGGACCUCAAUGGUUCAUCCCAAGAUUUCUUUAUUUUUCAAUGACAACUUUGGCAACAUCAUCCCUGUCUGUGACAUCAUGCGUUGCGACAGGUGACUACUAUUCCCCUAGCUUGGUACAAACAGAGUAAAUCAAAUUUCCUUGUACUCACUGGCUCGUUGAUUCUUCAGGGAUAAUCUCUCAAGAGAGCACAGAUGCUGCUACCAGUAUUCUCCCUCUGGGUUUUGGUGGAGCAAAAACAGCUGUCAGCUGACAGUGGAACUUCAUUAUCUCUCCUUCAUGGAGGCACUGAAGAAGUUCCCAUUUCCCAAAUGAUCUGGCAAUGUUCCUUUUAUGUCUGCUGUAUCUUCUCAAAGGAUCCUAGUCAUUUCCUGCUCUUUAACCACACACUGCAGCUGGUUUGUCCUUUCUACCUAUGUAAUGUAGAUAAGGCACAUAUUGCUCGUGACAUCACAAAGCUCAAUAGUCUAAAACACUAUUUCCCCCCCCCCCCGGAAUUCAUAUUACAUUAUACAUGUCCCCCAAAACCUCUAGUAAGAGGUGUGGAUGUAAUGCUCUAAUGCUUUGCCUAUACUCCAUAAUAUUUUUCUUGGUACUUCAUACUCUCAGCAGCACUGCAGUUCAUUUACUUCCUGUACUGUGUAAAUUAUAGUUUGUUAUUCCACCCAAACCAGGAAACUCUGGUUGCAUUUGCAAAACAACUUUCAAUGUGGCUAGAACGUGGUUUCCAUUUCUGAUUUGGAAGGUAAUCACAAACCAUUGUUUAUUUUGUUCCGAUGUAAUAGCAAACUAUGGUUUGCGUUGAACAGGAAGCAAGUCGACUGGAGCAAAGUGCGUACUCCUGGGAGAGUCCCCUGGAGCAAAGAGAUGACUGCUAUAGCUAGCAGCAUGCAUCACCAAUAGGCCAAUUUCAGUCGAGAGAAUGACCUCUCUGAAUCCUUCCCCCAUGUUUUCUCAGAUAGCUGAAUUCACUAAGGUAUAUGUGCAAGUUAGAGAUGCUGUUAAUUCACAAUACAAUAUUAUCUUUGCAGGUGCUCCAAUUUCCUGCAGUUUAAGUCUUUGGGUGUUUACUGCAUUCAUCCUGCAUCCUGUUUCCUGAAUCAAGUUAUCACUGUUAAGAGUUUAUGGUAAGCAUGCUCUUUUCAAUCUUUCUUUCUUUCUUUCUUUCUUUCUUUCUUUCUUUCUCUCUCUUUCUUUCUUUCUUUUUAAAAACAAAACCUUGUACACUAAGGGUGCUUGAUACCAUGAUAGCAGCUUAUUAACUGUUGAAAAGAUAAGAUCUAUAAAAUAAUAAAAAGAUGCCCUUAAUUGCCACUUUGACUGCUUAGAUAUGUGCAGUGCAACUCUAUGCAUGUUUACUCAGAAGUAAGUCCCAUUAAAUUCAAUGGAACUUGCUCCCAGAGAAGUGUGUAUAUAAUUUAAAUCUAAGGCUCCCUAGGAACAAGUCCCAUUGAACUCAAUGGGUAUUAGGUUUGAACAGCCAUCUAAAGGAUUGUGCUGUAAGAAUGCUAUGUCAGGCACUAAUUUUUCUGUAUAUUAUUUCUUCCCUCCCAAUAUCACUCUACCUUGAUGCAAUUUUCAGACGGCUACAGCUCACCUGGGUGGAUACAGAAACGGUCUUUUGGAAAGCCUACUGAUGCAGAGAAAAUAAAAACAUUGCAGCUCCUUAAGAAGUAUGGUAGCUGUCUUAGGAAUCCAUUCAAGUGAUGUUUUCCAUCUUCCCUUAACCAUGGCCAUAAGAAGUAGCAAUGGCCAUUGAUUGCCAUUGAGGCACUACAAAACCAGAUGUAAUGUUUGUAGAAUAAUAGCCAUAGCUUUUAGAAUGAAUCACCAGGAGAACACACUCAUGUUGAAAUCCUUCAGUUGCUAGGUGUUGGGACGUGAGCCAAUGGGAGACAGAACACCCAUUUAGUGUCACGUGCUGUUGAAUGAUGAUUCAAAUGUACAGAUAUUGGCUGCUGGAAACAAGAUGUUCACUAUCCAAACCGCUGGCUCCAUCACCCAGGUGCAAAUGCUCUUAAUAUACAAAAACUCCACGGUGUAUUAUGUAGAACAGAAGUGGGGAAUCAUUUGUGGGCCCAUGUGCAGUGAGCUCCCAGGAGCCAGGAAGGUUUGGUAAAACACAAGAAUAAACUGACACAACAAUGUUGUGGAGUUGAAAAUCUCCACAACUUUAUUGAUUACAGACAUCUGUAUGCUUUGACGUUGGGUAUCUGUCCUUGGUCAGCUGCCUGACGGAUGGCUGACAUUGAACAGGGCUGUGCCUAAGUUAAGGGUCACCUCAAGACGCAGGUCAACCAAGGGUCAACCCCCUGGGCUGCCAUAUGGGAAGUUCUAUGGCUCAUCCGUUGACCCCCAACCCUGUAUGAACUUCCAGACAGAUUCUCCCACCCAGACCCCUUUACCAGGUGACUCUGAGAUAUCACAGCUGCUCAAGGAGGUGAGGUAGCAUCUCACCCACCUGAAACAGACUGAGGAUUCAACCCAAUGCCUUUUCUGCAAAAGAUUGGGACAAACAAUAAAGGCAAAAAAACAACAACCCCUCACUGGCCCAACAUGUCUGAAGGCAAACACUCCCUGGCCAUAUCUUCACAGUAAGUUUCUUCAUACACACUGCCCACAUUCCUUUAGGGCACUGCCAAUUUACAGGGCGGGUAGGUGGGUUGUUAGGGACGUGGGUGGCGCUGUGGGUUAAACCACAGAGCCUAGGACUUGCCGAUCAGAAGGUCCGUGGUUCGAAUCCCCGCGACGGGGUGAGCUCCCAUUGCUUGGUCCCUGCUCCUGCCAACCUAGCAGUUCGAAAGCACGUCAAAAUGCAAGUAGAUAAAUAGGUACCGCUCCAGUGGGAAGGUAAACGGCAUUUCCAUGUGCUGCUCUUGUUCGCCCCAGAAGCAGCUCAGUCAUGCUGGCCACAUGACCUGGAAGCUGUACGCCGGCUCCCUCGGCCAGUAAAGCGAGAUGAGCGCUGCAACCCCAGAGUCGGCCACGACUGGACCUAAUGGUCAGCGGUCCCUUUACCCUUUACCUUUAGGUGGGCUGUUCAGCUUCCCAACUGUGCCGCUGGCACCUGGCACAGCUGGCUUAAAUACUCAGUGGCAGACCAGAAUGAGGCAUUUGUUCUCCAGGUCCACCGCUGAAGCCUUGCCCCAAAACCUGGCCACCAUAGGCCAGUUUGAAUUGGGUUAUUCCAUUGCCCCUCGCAGCUAGCUGAGGCCAAAGCAAAUGGCCAGCCGCAAGGGACAUAGGUGUGUCCCCCAACCUCCAAGGGGCUGUGACGGACCACAAUUGCUGCGUCCCUGGAAGGUAAGUGGUCCUUUCAGCUUGGGGGCCGCUCUCACUUCAGGGUAACCUUCUGAGGGCUAUAUGCCAGUGGUGGGCAGUACAGGGGCAAAAGUAGGCAGAACCCAGCAUCCAUUUCUCUUGAGGGCCCGUCUGUUGGAGAUCAGAGCUGUGCACACCACAGGCCUGUUCAUCCAUGCCCUAAAAUAGCAUACGGCUGCCAGGGGCACUGGAGGUAAGGAUGGAUGGAUCUGUCAAUUUCAGUUGUCUUGAUUUCUCAUGGUUCCAGUCUUAAAUUCCAUUCUCCACAGUUCCGCAGCCAUGUGUGAUUUUGUUUUAAAGUCCGAUGAAAAAAUGGCCAGCAUUUUAGUGCGAUUUUCUCCUAUGAAGACACAUUUUUAUAUGCAAUUUUCCCCAAUGUGAAAAUAUUUGCAAAGCGAUUUCCCCCAAUAUCAUGCAUUUUGGUAUGUUGCUUUUCACUAUUAUAUGCAUUUUAUGCACACUUUACACUAGUGUGUGUAUUUGUAAGGGGAACUGCACUGCAAAAUUUGGAGAACUGUGAAUUUUGAAGGACGGCUAGGUUCCUGCAAAUUUGGUGGGUUUGCCUUUAAAUGUGAACUUAAUUGAAGUUCUGCCCCCAUCCGUACCUGUAGGAUGCUAUCCCAUUACCAGUGUGGAAGUAAGAUUCAGCUUCUUACGUGGAAUUUGGGUUGGUGGGGGCAGCAUCUUAUUCUGUGCCUUAGGCAACAAAAUAGCUGGGGCCGAUCCUUUCCCCACAGUAGCCACACAGAUGCUCCUGGGAAUCCCACAAACAGGAUCUAAGGACAACAGACAAUCUUGCUGCUGUUGGCCAGUGACUGGCAUUCAGAAACAUAAUGCCUCUGACCCUGGAACCCCAUGGCCAUCAUGACGACUAGUAGCCACGGGUAGCCUUAUCCUCCACAAAUUUGUCAAUCCUCUUUUAAAGCCAAUCUAAUUGGUGGGUAUUGCUACAGCAGGUAGUGGAGAACUCCAUAGUGUAAAGAAAUGCUUCAUUUUGUUGGUUCUGCAUCUCCCACCAUUCAGGUUCACUAGAUGACUCCUAGUUCUGACCUUUUGAUCGGCAAGCCCAAGAAGCUCAGUGGUUUAGACCACAGCGCCACCCGAUCAGAAGGUCGGAGGUUCAAAUACCCGCGAUGGGGUGAACUCCCGUUGCUCUGCCCCAGCUCCUGCCAACCUAGCAGUUCGAAAGCACGCCAGCGCAAGUAGAUAAAUAGGUACCACUGUGGCAGGAAGAUAAAUAGCGUUUCUGUGAACUCUGGUUUCCAUCACAGUGUCCCGUUGUGCCAGAAGCGGUUUAGUCAGCUGGCCACAUGACCCCAUAGUUGCCUUUGCCUGGGCUUAACCAUCCAGGGGUCCUUUACCUUUACCUUUUACAGCCUAUAGUCCAGCACCAUAGUCCAGAAAAGACAACCAUGUGGUUUUUCUGUGUUUUAAUUGUUCCCCCCUUCUUUAUUAAGAGUCAGGGCACACUUUUUUAAAGGUGACCUGUGGUUAGAUAUAAUCUUUUAAUCUCUGUGUCAAUUACUUUAAUUGCAAAAAAUGGAGAUUAUGCUUAAAUAUGAUCAGCAUUUGAUAACAUAUAUCCAAUCUAUAUGAUACUUCAAAAGGAAGCAAGCAGGUGGCACAAUACUUUCUCUAAGAAGCCAAAAUGCCUCAUUGAAAUAUGGAUUACAGUAUGUUCAUUAUGCUAAGUGAUCAAUUAACACGUUGCAAAAUUGGUUUUAAAAAAAAAAAAUCUUUGUUCACCCUCUCUUUUUUGGAUGAGCAGUUGAAACCUAAUGUUAGAAAUGCUGUGAAAAUUCCAUUUGUUUUGUUAUGGCAAAAGUUCUUGUGGAACCAAAAUGAAUUACUAUGCUUACAAAGUAAAUGUUUCAACUGCAAUUUGGUUGUCAGGGAUGAAACCUUGUGUGGUCUACAAAGUGUUUUUAAUUAUUUUUAUGCUGUUCUAAAAUUAAAAAAUCCUCCGGAAUUACCUUUUUCCAUAAUUUUGUAUUGAAUUGUAUUCUGCAAAUAUAAGUUGGUGGGGGGUGAUUACUUAUAACAACCUUACAAGCUUAUUUGGAUUAGUUUAUCAUAGAAUGUAGAGUUGGAAGGUACCCUGAGGGUCAUCUAGUCUAACCCCCUGCAGUGCAGGAUUUCUCUGCCCAAUUUGGGGCUCAAACCCAUGACCCUGAGAUUAAGAGUCUCAUGCUGUACUGACUGAGCUGAAAAAAAAAAGGAAUUAAAAGAAUUAAAAUUGCUGGAAAACCUUCCAGCUUUUCUGGUAUGGUAGAUAGGACAUUUGUUGCUUCUGUUCCAGAAGAUUAAAUG